GAUUGACAGAAAAAGCACGGCAAAAGUUGACUAUCUAAAGGAGGUUGAGGCACAAAUCCAGAAAAGAUGGGCAGAAAGCAAGGCAUUUGAAAGUGAUGCUGUUCUCGUAAGAAUGAUGACAUUCUCUUAAAUGAUUAAAUAAAUACUUCCCAUAUACCCUCUGAUCGAAGGUCACAAUGUUCUAACUUGCUCCAAUGCAAUAUUAAUACUGCUGCUUUAUAAGUUUCAAUUCAUGUGAUAGAAGGUCAAAAGGUACAUGAUCAGAUUUUGAAUAACAGAAGGUUAAACUUGCAUGAUCAGAUGAUGUUCUAUGCAUUUUAUUCGUUCUUGCUUCUUGGAAAUUCCAAGCUAAUGUUGGCUACAAAAGGCUAUACAAUUAACCUUGCAUAAAAACAAGCUGGAGAUUAGGACUAUGGACUCUUCUGAUCUUGUCACCCGCCUUAUUAUACCGAUAUUGUCACUGUAAUGAUUGUUUUAUUAUUAUAUUAAUCCUUUUUUUUUGUUUCUGUAGCCUGGUUCCUCUGAAGCUAAGUAAGUAUUGCAUUGAUCCCUGAUCAGGAAUUUCUGGGUGGGAAUGUGCGGCUAGGACCCUGGAACCCCAGGGGCCCUACUCACAUAUUUUAAUAACGGGGGGGUCCGAAGGAUUUUUUUGGGUCUGACAUUUUGGCCAAAAGGGAUUUUUUUUGGGUCUAUGAAAGACGCCGGGAUUUUUUUGGGUCGCAAAAACAACACAGGGAUUUUUUUGGGGUAUUGUAUUUUUCAUCAGCUCAAAUCAACUAUAACAUAAGCGCAAUUUAUAGUUUCGUUCUUGACCAAAACCAAAGUUGAAGUUGGCAUGUUUUAGCUUUCCAGAAGAUAAGUAAUAAAAUUUGCUGAUGCAAAAACACUGAGGGAUUUUUUUGGGUAUGCUAAAAAAAGUAGGGAUUUUUUUGGGUAGACAAAUUCUGAAGUUGGGAUUUUAUUGACCAAAACCAAAGUUGAAGUUGGCAUGUUUUAGCUUUCCAGAAGAUAAAUAAUAAAAUUUGCUGAUGCAAAAACACUGAGGGAUUUUUUUGGGUAUGCUAAAAAAAGUAGGGAUUUUUUUGGGUAGAGAAAUUCUGAAGUUGGGAUUUUUUGGGGUAUAAAAUAUGAACCUCUGUCGAACCCCCCCGUCAUUAAAAAAUGUGAGUGGGGCCCCUGGGCCUGGAACCCUGGAACCCUGGAACCCUUAACCUAUACCAGAGCUAGUUCAGCUGAAUUUUGCUACCCCAUAGUAGAGUAAAUUCCCCAAAUCCCCCCUAUCCUAGAGUUUUCCAGAAACUAGUGAGGUCACUAGCACAGUAGCCUAGCCAAAACAAAACCUUAUACCACAAUCCCUAGUCUAGAUAAAAACUUCAACCAACUGAUCAGUUUCCUGAAAAAUGAUUCCCAAUUCUAGACCCAAAUGCUCUGAUUUAUAUACCCUAUCCUAGAGUAAACUGCUUGAAAACCAACCCUUCACAGCGGCACAUACCUAUAUAGCCCAUAUAUGGCAAUGGCAGUACCACCCCCCCCCCCUUCCGUGACUUGAGCCACUACUCAUCAUUAACAUUGAAAUUAUACAUGUCCAUGUAGUUUCUUUUUUUCUUGUUUUUUUUUCUAAACUACAGUGUUUAAUUGUACAGGAUGUUAAAUAGAAUGUAAACAUGGAUGAUUAAUAGUCAUUGAAUGAAUUGAUCUUCAUCUUGUUAUUUGCAGUAAGGGAAAGUUUUUUGUCACAUUUCCUUAUCCUUACAUGAAUGGAAGACUUCAUCUGGGACAUACAUUUACUCUUUCAAAGGUGUAGUAGGAUAAAAUUAUGGAAAACUUUUCAUUACGAAUCUAGAAGGGAAUAGUUUAUUGUUUACAAGUAAAAAGUAUAUAUAUAUCAGCAAGAUGGGUUACUACAGUAUUAAUUUUAGUAUGCAUGUAUAUUUACCCUUUCUUUUUCCAACAAACUUCUUCAUAAUAAAAUCCAGUCUGAGUCAAAAUGGCUCAGAAAUCCUACAUGUUGUAUAUGAGGAGCAUGUGGAACUGUAAACUUUUCUUGGCUGUUGUUUGCUACUUUUAUGUUAAAAUCUUUUUAAACAAAGAAACACACUUUCAAAGUUAGAGUUUAAUUACACUAUAAUAAAUAUUUCAUUUUAUUUUUGUAAACUGCGGGCCUUGCAGGUUUCCUGCAUUCUGUGUGUGAAUCUGUCAAACAUUUCUCUGUGAUGAAAGCUUGUUUAUUAUGUGGCUACAAUAGAACAUGUGCUCUGAUUGGCUGCUAAGCAGGCAAUAUUUUCUCUGGGCAUUAUAUAAUUACUAGCUAGGUGUCUAAGGCAAAUACAAUAUGUUUUUUUAAACACAAAACUUUAUAGUGGAAUCCAUAUUAUGGUCAAUUGACAGCUGUCAAAAAAUGUUAUCAGCUGACCAGUGUCACAUGACUAUAUCAUGGGCUCAAGUGUACAACUCAUUGAGGUGACGUGUGAUUUAAGUUAUCCACUGACCAGUUAUUGGUUAUUGAUUGUGGGCUCAGGUCCAAAAUUUGUUGUUGUCAAAGAAACUUUCUUGUGGUUUCGAUUGCAUCACCAGGUUCAUUCUGUUCAGUAAACACAACCUCGAAUAACCUCAGCUUGUAUGCACAGAUGUUGACAAUUACUUCGUGUGUUUUUUUAUUGUAAUCAUUUUAGAAUAAUGCUAAAAAGGCAAUAUUAUAUAUAACUCACUUAUUAACCUUGUCCACCUGGUUAUUACAGGGAAAUCUCAAACCUUGACCUUGAUGUAUUGACCUCACUAUACAUCAAGGCCUCAGUCUGAGAUUUCCCUAAGGUUAAUAAGCAGUUUGUAUUGCUCCAUAACAAAAUGAAUUAAAUAAUAUUAUUAUUGCUUUUGCCCUUACCUGGAACGUCCCUUAUAUUUUAAUGACGGUGUUUUACUCUAGCUAGUGCAUGUCAUUUGUGCAUGACAAUUCAAUGCUAUUAAAAAUAAGUUUUCUUUUUCUUUCUUUUCAUGAUCAAUUCUGGCUGUCCAUUUUUUCAUGGGUUCCUUUUAAAGGCUGAGGUGAGAAUUGACUAUAAUCUGCUUUAGCUCCUCGAUUAACUGCAAGGUAUACUCAGCAUUGCCUGAGAUAUUAGGGGCUUUCAAUUGUGACUGACCAUUUUUUUGCUAUGCUACUUCUGGUUUCUCAGUGUUGAUGUCUGCAUGCGUAAUGAGUGCAAAAAUUCCAUACUCUUGACAUGUCAUAACCCAGAUCUGGGGUAUUUUGGCCAUCAGCAUGGAAUUUCUGCACUCAUUCCUCAGACGUUAUUUUGCAGGGAAACGAAUGGUGGCAUAAUCAUGAAAUGUUGGCUGUUUUCUUGGGCUAGCCAGUGCCAAAGUUGAAUAUUGCUACCAUGGUUGGCAAAUCCCCGCAAUCCAGCUCCAAGUCACUAGAUACCAGAUUCAUGUCAUACAGGUUAAAUUAUUAUUACAACAUGAGGUGUAAGUUGGGUUGGGGAAAUGCAUAAAGCCUGCACUGCUACUCGAAUAUGCUGCAAAGCCAUUUUGGCAGACUAAAGCUUGCCAUGGUCAACAUUCUAGAUACAUGAGCCUGUCCUUUUGUGUAGGGCUGCUCAGCUGGGGGAUUAACUUUAUCAGAUUGUUUCAUUAACAUAUUCUAUAAGUUUUAAAAUUAAUAGAUGGAAAAAAAUAAAUAAAUAAGAGUUGUUCUACAAUGUAUGUAGUUGUAGAUGCUAAUAGAUUUGCAUUAAGCUAAGUUUACUGUCAUCGGUUACUUUAACUCAUUUAUAAAUUUGUUUAUUAUUUUAUAUAUAAUUUUUUUGUCAGUUUGCUACUGGUUAUGAAAGACUGAAAGGAAAACGUUGCCUGUUUCCCUUUGGUUUGCACUGUACAGGAAUGCCAAUCAAAGUGAGUCUUUGUUAAUGAUUUAUUGGAAUGGUCAAAGCAAAACUAUGUUAAACUGACAGUUUUUGUGGACUUUAAAUUAAAAUGGCUCCAAAGCAGUUUAUUUUCUUUAAGUUCCUAAAUUUUCAUUUCAAUAAGCUAGUUUUGAUGGAUAAACAGGUUACCUGUAAAUCUGCAUUAUUUUUUAUCAUCUCUUUUUCUUAUAUAGUUAGAAUGAGGACAUUCAUAUCUUUCAAGAACUGUGAGACAUUGAUUCAUGCACUUGUACCGUCAAAGUUAGAUUAUUGUAAUUUUCUCCGGUCUGGUCUUUCACAAAGCCAGAUUCAGAGGUUGCAGUAUGUUGAGAACUCUGCUGCAUGUGUAUCCUUCUUCCUGGUACUAGGACUGAAUCAUCACAGCAUUAUAUUACACCCAUAGCUGAAAGAAUUACAUUGGCUUCUAGUGGUCAAGCAAAUUGAUUUUAAAAAUGUUGCUUUUGCCAUUUAAGUCUUAAAUGAUUUGUCACCUGUUUAUUUUCUUGAACUCUUUUUGGUGUGUUUUCUAUCAAGAACAUUGUGCUCAAGCUUCUAGUAAAUCUUUGCUUGUAAUUCUCAAGAAAAAUUAUAUGGUCAAAGCACUUAAUUUUUCGUACAUUGCACCAAUACAGUAAAUACCCACUAAUAAGAACCUACUUUUUUUGAAGUCUUGCAAAAUAGGUUCUUAUGUUUUGGGGUACUUAUCGGCAAUUUAGGCUAGCUAAGUAGGUUCUUUAUUAGGUUCGUAAUUUUUGUGAAGGAGAUAAUGGAUUAAAUGUUGAUAGCAGAAAAAUAAAUAUACAUUUCAUUUAUUCACAAUUAUUGUAUUAUCAUAACCCUAACAAAACUGAUUACUGGAUAUUAUAUACAGUUUAAUGCAGUAUGUUCUUGUUAUUCUUAAAUUUACAACUCAAAGUUAUAUCUGCUUGAUCUUGCUUUGCUAAACAGGUUCUUGUAUUAAAGUAGGUAUUUGAGUAUUAAAGUGGCAAAUUUCUGCCAGGAGGUUCUUAAUUUGCAGGUUCUUAUUAGUGGGUGUUUAUACUGUAUUAUGGAACUUUUUUCUGGAGGAAGACUUUUAAAAAAAUUUUUUUAAGCUUAACACAUUUUUGACAUGCAAUUUUAACAUAUUUGUCAUUAACAACUGCAUUGCUUAUUGGAGUUGGGUGCCCCAGGAUGUCCAGGGGCUUCCAUUUUUUGGUAAGCCGCCAGCAGCCCCUUGACAGAGUUACAUCCCCAUGGCUGGUAAACCUGCACCUUCCACCCAUUAGCCCCCAUGCAAAUGGAAGCAGGCACCUGUCACACUCAUUUAUCAGUGGAAAAAUAAAAGGGGGGAGGGAUGGGGAUAAAUGAAUGGUCCAAAGGCUAAAGAAGGGGAGUGGCUGCCAGGAACCCCCCCAUGUUUUACUAAUGUGCACACCGCAUGGUUUUUACACCUCACAACAACCAUUAUUAAUAGUUUAGUUUCAGUUUGUGCUUGCACUGACAGAAUUCUGAUUUAUUUUUUCAGGCUUGUGCUGACAAGUUAAAACGUGAAAUGACUGAAUUUGGAUUUCCACCCAAAUUCCCUGUCAGUGGAGAAAAAGAGGAAGCAAAGCAGGUAACACAAAAAUGACUAAGAUACUAUGGGUGUUUUGGAUUGAUUGGUUGAGAGGUUUGUUUGUAUGAGAGUAUGUCAACACCAGUUAUUUUUGUAGUAGGUAUGCUGCACUGCAUAAGGGACCGUACAAUAAAAUUAUCAGGAGGGGGUUGUAAAAUGGGAGUGUGGGGUGGGCAGAGCGUAAAGUUAUAUGCUAAGAGAGGGCAGUGAGAAGAGGUGGUGAUAUCAAAUUAUAUUUCAACUACAAUUUAAUUGUCAGAUGUUCAAAAUAUGAGAAACUGACAUCAUGUUUUUAAUUAGAAAAAUUUUAAUGUUUAAAAGUUACUUACUAGGAAAUAUACCAGAGGGCAUUAGGGGCCAUUCAUUAUUUAUAUAUAUGGAGAGUGGGUUGGGAAAAAAGCUACUGGGCUUUGGAAUUUUUUCUCCCUAAGUCAAAAUAUUUAGAAAAGUAUUACUUUAAUGUUUAUGAGUUCCUUGAUCAACAAGGGAUGCAUUCAUGCUUAAUUUGAAUUCAUAGCAAAAGUCUGUAACAGAUGCAAGUGCAUCUUAAUUUAUGAUUAUAGUAUGUAAAAGUCUGUAUUCUGUACCAUCUUUAAUUAAUUAAGUAAUUAAUUAAUUUUAUUUAUUUUUUUGCCACACAAAAGUAAAAGUACGAGAAGCAUAAGAUGGAUGUGAUCAGAGAGAUGGAAAUGGUGAGGAGGAGAUCUCGUAAAAAAUAUGGAAAGCUUAUGAGAGAUUAGGCCUCUUCGAACAGGCUGUAGUUGUUUACAUCAAGUAAAGCAAAAGAUGUCGUAAUUAGGGAUUUGGUAGUGGAGGCAUUCAGAUAAGAGAGUCAAGACAAAAUAUUAUCGUCAUGAAUUUUUUUCUCACAGAUGAAAAGCAAAAUUGCUGCAAAAACAGGUGGUCUGGAAUAUCAGUGGCAGAUCAUGCAGGCUUUAGGCUUAGGUGAUGAGGAAAUUAAGAAGUAAGGACCUCUUUUUCUUGGAUAGUAUUGCAAUAGUUAUUCAGCCAUGUGCAUGUGUUGAGGUUACAGCCCCUACACAACUGAGUGGACUUCAGGAUAAUGUGCCAUCAGUUUGAAAAAAAAUUCCUACAUUAUUGGUGAAAAAUAAGGGGAUGAUUUUAAUUUCAGUCAAAAAUAGUAUCAAAAAUAAAACUGUGUAAAAUUUUAAGUGUCCAAAGUUUUUACAAUACAAUAAAGAACUUUAUUAAAGAACUUACUUGGAGAAGGCUUUACCAUGCAAUUUCAAGACUAGUGUUUAUGGAUGGUGACAAACAAGAUGGAUAUAAAGGCUCUGACAUGGUGCAGUGGGUGGAUACAAAAAUAAUCAUCAUUGAGACAAAAUAUUGAUGACAACAAUAGGAGCUUUCUUUGUCAUGGCAAUAAAAGCAAUAAAUAAAAACAACAUGUUUUCCAACCGAAAAGCUCAUUUUAUUCAGGGAAAGCUGAAUGUUACCAAUAUUUUUUAUUGAAUUGAUUUCAGGUUUGCUGAUGCUGAUCAUUGGCUACAAUAUUUCCCUCCUUUAGCGAAAUCAGACCUCCAAUGUAUGGGACUUAAGGUAAGCCAACAAAGUAUUCAUACCAUAAAAGUUGACUGGAAAAAUUAGUUCUUUUAUGUAGAUUAUACUGGUUUUAAGUGUGUUUGCAAGUCCUCAUACUUCAAUACCCCAAAUUCAAAACUCAUAACAGAUGCAAACAGAGUACAUUGUAAACUAUAAAGUGUGUGAGAUGGGAGCUUUAAAUAUGUACACAAUAGACUUUCUAUGAACUUUUAAGGUGGAUGUCCAUCGUCGCGUAAUCUCUACUUAUGUGUACAUGCACAUAAAUUUUACUCACAAAAAUAGAGGCAAGAUAUAAGGUGUCAAGCUUAAAUGUGAAGUUGAGUGAGGUUCAAAUUUUAAGUUUAUGUGUGACUUUUCAUACAUUGCCUCUAUUUUAUAUGUGAAAGUAAAUUGUAUGCACGUACGCCGUAAAAAUUAUGUCAAAUUAGAUCCACCCUUGGAUAUUACAGAUGAACAGUGAAUAUUUACUUUAAUGGUAAUAGUAAGUUAUUUAGCUAUGAUAUGAAGUUUUUAAAGUAUUUUAAUAAUUGGAAUUCCUAAAGAGGACUUCAAUCAGGCUUAUUCUGAUGCUUUUGCAAAUUAUUUGUUCAUUCUAUACUUUGUAAUUCUGACUGAAAAGCAAACCUUUUACUUAUAUUAGGUGGACUGGAGACGUACUUUCAUCACCACACACGUCAAUCCAUAUUAUGACUCAUUUGUUAGAUGGCACUUUUGGACUCUGAAGGAUCGCGGUAAAGUCAAGUUUGGAAAAAGGUAUUUAAUACAGUGACAUAAUUAUGUUAGCUCUAACAUUAAGUGAAUAAGAGACUCUAGACUUUCAAAAAGUCCUUCAUCCAAUUUAAUAUGGCGCAGGACGAUGGUUGAAACUUGUAAGGUCAACUUGUAGCAAGUCUAAAGAGACUCCCUCUGGUAGAUUCUCUUGCUUAGUAUAAAUUGUGUUUAAAAAUCAUAUCCUCAGUAAAAAAAUGAGUAACUUGUCUACUGUUUAUCAAGUUGACUUUAUUCCUUGGUCAGACCUGAUCUUGAGGAAAAACCAGAAAUAUAACUAACGGAAUCUCAUCUUUUGAGUUGUUUGAAAAAAUGGUGAACGAUAUGUAGCUACUGGAAAUAAUAUUUCUGAGGCAAAAUUUAAAAAAAUAUAUCAUUCACUAAUUUGUGUUACUAUAAUAUCAAAUGAGAAAGUACUUGGCAAUUUUUGUUAAUUGUUGUAUUUGGAGAAUUCCUGAUGAAACAUAUUUUCAAAUUGGUGGGAGGUAGGGGGUUCAUGACUUCUAUAGGUCACUUGAAGCACCACACAGUAUUCUUUUAAUAAGCUAGCCAAUUGUUCACCCAUAUCUUUAAAUUUGAUAGCUUUUGUGAGCACUUUGCAAAAGGAAACCAAAAUGAGGUUUUUCAUGGAUAAAUAUAAUAUAAUUUUAUCCAGUUAAUUAUUAAUUGAUAAUGGCUAUUUGCUCAAUUGAAUUUUUUCAUAUCAGGUACACAAUAUUCUCACCCAAGGAUGGUCAACCCUGCAUGGAUCAUGACAGACAGACUGGAGAGGUAGGCCUGAUGCGUAUGAUUUCAUCUCUCUAGAUGGAACAAUGUUAUUGUAUAUCUGUCAUCACUUUUUCUUCUUUAUACCUGUCUUGUACCUUCAUGUAUCAUUUUGAGGCUUGCCAGUAUUAAUUCUUUACUGCAUACCAGCCAGUAGCUAUAACUGUGGCAUUAUUUUCAUGAUAUCAAACAAAGAAGGUGGUGAAAACUUUUGCUUACAAUUUUGGCAACUUGUAUCAAUAUGCAAAUAUUUUGACCCAAGCUUAUUAGAAAUUUUUUAACUUAUGACCUCAAUUAAGUUUGUACUGUAUUUAUUGCUCCUUCAUGUCAAUUACAAGCAUGUUUAUCUCAUUCGCCACACCGGGCAUUUGUCUUUUUCCUUCACCCACAACAGAACAAACUGCAAAUGCCCCAUGCUGGAUCCAGCCAUUGAUACAAGACAAGAGACAAAUUAAUGGUAGACAAAUGGCAGGGAGGGGAGGCAGAGGGUGGGAAAUGGGUAUGCUUAGAUUGACUGAACCAUAAAAGUAAAAAUAAAAAGAAGAUACUGUUAGUUGUUUGCCUGAAAAACGUUUUGAAAACUGUUUUUGACUGUUUUUGUAUCUUUUUUAACUGAUCAAUAUGAAUGAUAACUGUCGUGAACAAUUUUUUUUUUACAUUUAUCUUAUUUUUUGGGCAAGAGUUUUUUAAUAUUAUGGUGUAUUCAUUUGCAUACAGAUUAAUCAUUAGGUGAAUCAAGUCAUUAGCAGACAACUGUUGUAAAAGCCAUCAGUUUAGAUGUAUUGAUGUCAUAUACUGUUAAUUUAGCUUUGAGCUGGAACUAAUGUAAUUUUGCUUCAUGUUGUUAUCACAUUUCUCACAAGGGCGUAGCACCACAGGAGUACACUGGAAUUAAAAUGAAGAUUUGUGAACCGUAUAAAGGAAAACUCAGGUAUAAUUUGUUAUGCAUUAGCAGGCAGUGUUAUUCUACAGUAAGCACUUUCUUCAUGUGAUUGUUUGAUAAACUUGCAGACCAAUUAACCCACUACUUGUUUAUCUGAUGACUGACAGACUAUGGACCUGGGCUCUUUACAUGGAGGGAGAAUUAUCCUAGCUCCAGGAAGAUCCUAGAAGGCGAAUCAUCCUAUUGCCUCAUAUUUUCUGUAUUCAGUUUACAUGCUAAGCUUUAUACUUGUGCCUAGCGCUGGGAUCUUCCUAGUACUAGAAUAUUCUUAGCUGAGAGGUAGGGAGAUACUAGCACCAUGUUGCUAGGAAGACCCUUUUUAAGUAUUAAGGAUAAUCCAGACAAAAAAGAGCAGCGGGUGGCUCAGUGGAUAACCAAAACAAAAAAGCCAACAAUUUCGUUUGGUGCCCCCAUUUUGUAAAGAACUGCCAUCCACUACUGAAAGUUAGUUAUUAAUGCUCGUAAAGAAAGUAGAGGGGCCUGAAUUACAUCUUUGCUAUUGUCGCCUGCCAUCUUUAAUUGCUUUUCUACUUGUUAAUCACCCGGGCUAAAAUUUCUGUGGUAACCCGACAAAAAGUUGUUUCUUCCUUCCAGGAUCUCCCAGGUGCUAGGCUCGUCAUCCCUAUAUGCAUAUACACAGCCCCUAAUGCACACUUAUAAACUCCCCAAUUGUCUAACUGAUUAAGAUGACCAGCAACUGACUCACAGCUGACUGCCUGGCUGACUUUUUACUUGGUUGUGACUGGCUAACUGACCUAAAUGAUUAUUGUUAUUAACUUGCUUGGAUGACUUUCUUACUGUCUCAAUCUGUCUGACUGACAGAUUAAUAAAGUUUAUUGUAUUGUUUUGCUUUGCAUUGCGUUGUGUUGCGUUUUGUUGUGUUGGGCUAUGUUGUGUUUUGUUGUGAUAUAUUGUAUUGUUUUGUAUUAGUUAAUUAAUUAGGUAACAGAAUAGAUGUAUCAGUCUAUUAACUAGUGGAAGUUUUGGUUGACGACAUGAUUCUUUGUUACAUUAUCAGUGCCUUAUCAGGAAAGAAUGUGUUCCUAAUGGCAGCAACACUGAGACCAGAAACAAUGUACGGGCAGACAAACUGCUGGGUUCAACCAGACAUUACGGUAAGAAUAUUAUUAUUAUUAUUAUUAUAUUGUUAUUUGUACACGUUGCAUCUGAUACAAUAGGCCAUUUUACAGUUUCUGUGCUCAGUGCCCUGGCCUUUGAAGCAACGCUGGCGGUGACCUUGUUUUGUUACAAAGCGUCUUGUUUUUCAUAUGUAUAUUAACCGGGGCUUCUGAUAUUUCGCGGAAAAAAAGCAAAAUUUCGCGGGAUUUUCGGGGGCAAAUUCGCGGAAAAAUCGGCCGAUUUCGCGGGAUUUUCGCGGGAAAAAAGUCAAAAUUCGCGGAACAAUCGGCCGAUUUCGGGCGAUUUUCGCGGGAAAAAAGUCAAAAUUCGCGGAACAAUCGGCCGAUUUCGGGCGAUUUUCGCGGGAGAAAAGUCAAAAUUCGCAGAAAAAUCGGCCCAUUUCGCGGGAUUUUAGCGGAAAAAAGUCAAUUUUCGAAGAAUUUUCAGAGGCAAAUUUUUAGGAAAAUCGGCCGAUUUCAGGGGAAAUUUCGAGGGAAACUUCGCCAAGAAACAAUCAGUAAAAAACAACCGAUUUCGCUGGGGGUUUUUUUUGGCAAAUUUCGCUAAAAUCGAUUAAUUUUGCGUCGAUAUGACCAACGUUGGUGAACGUUUUUUUAAACAGGGAUAAUCAUUUGCUCUUUCAACAACAGUUCGCUCUAGAAAUGAGCGAAUGUUAAAGCCAUUAACAUUAUGGUUAGUGCCCAGUUUUUCGCAACGUUUAUCUAAAAACGCCUGGUAGUUUUGGGACGUUGUUUACUCGUUGCAGUGACGAAGUUUCAAGCUGAAUUUGGACGUUUGGGGCGAAUAAAACCGGUCUAAUAGCCAAGAUAAGUAUUAAAUAUGUUUUGCCGACAUGUAUUUGGAAAUAUUUCUGGCGGAUUUCGCGGUAUUUCGCGUUUUUUUGGGAAUUUCGCGGGUCCGCGACCGCGCGAAAUAUCAGAAGCCCUGUAUAUAUGAUCAUGUUCACGGACUUGUUAGCAUGAGAAUACUACGAUUUGCACAUGAAAAGUAGGAAGGUUUGUAACAAAACAAGGUCACUGGGCCAGCCGCGCUUCUAUUGAAAAGCCAGGGAAAUGAGCACAUAACUGUAAAAUGGCCUAUUUCACAUAUGGCAAGUAGGUGAUAUCCACUAUUAAUCUGGAUGAGUGAACAUACCUCAACAAAACCUCGUUGUUGUUUAUCCUUUCCAAAUCUGCCCCUGUUUAGCCUGUUCCAAGCGUUCAGAUAAUGGAGAAUGGCAUAGCCCGAGUGUCAGGCCCUCCUCCCUGAAAAGCCCGAUCUAAGUGUAAGAAUUAAAUGGCUCGAAAUGCAGAGCAGAGGAAAUAUGCAGAAGAAAGCCGCUGCCCUCUCAGUCUCACUACUCCCACUCCCUCCUGCUCAUUUUUCUUUACGCUGUCCCCCACUAUCUGAGUGCCUGGAAACGGCUACCCACUGUUUGGUAAACUAAUCUUUAUCUUGCUCUGUUGCCAAAAUCUAAAACAUCAGCUUAGUUUUAUGUCUAAAAAAAUUUCCACGAAAAUGUUUUUGCCCGUUUUUUCCUCUAUUCUAUAAGAGCAAGGGUGGUAUGAUUUCUCUUUUGUACAGGACACUAAAACUUCCCCAAAUGAAGCUUAAAUUUUUAUUUUCUUUUUACAGUAUAUCGCCUUUGCAACGAACAUCGAGAAUGAAGUUUAUAUUAGCACCCGACGGGCAGCAAGGAACAUGUCUUACCAGGGUUUCACCCCUAACGAGGGCGUGGUCAACGUUCUUCUUGAACUGACAGGUCAGGUUAGUAAAUGAAAGCGAUGAUAAACAGCUUCAUUUAUAGUGCGUGAGUAGUCCACCUACUGUAGACUUGUUUCAUUACACCCACGAAAAGGCUAGGAGUAAAAGCAUUACAAAAAUCUAGAUUUGAAGAUAUAGUUUUUCAGUAUGAAUUAGACAUGAAGUUACUGUUAAAUUUUCCUCCACCAGGAUUUUAAGAUCCUUUUUUUCAGAGACUUCAUAUUUUCUUUCCCUUUGAGGGGAGGGGCAUUUUUUCGGCGGUGGGCGGAAACAUUUUUAAAUAUUUGAGAGAAGAGGUCAAUACAAUCGAUAUAUUUUACAAAACUGAAUCUUAGAAUGUUUGGCUGUUUAACACAGCACCAAAUUUGCCGACUCGGAAUUUGUUUAUUAGAUCUGUUCGGCAAAAAACGAUAUCAAAAAGGGGCAGGUAAUCCCCAAUUAAUUUACACAGGUGUCUUUUUUAUGUUUAUCAAAAGUAUUAUGUACAGUCAAACCCAGUUAAUACAGACACUGGAGACACCACAGAAAGUGUCUGCCGGUAUUAAGCGGGUCAUGUUAUUUAAGUCAAUAAGCCCCUUUUACUAUAAUAACAAAAUACCAAAGAAAUAAAAGAGAACAUAAGCAUCGUCAAAUUAAACUUUUCUAACCUUCAUAAAGUCGUCAUUACGCGGCUCAAGUCCACGGAAACACUUAAAAAUUGCUAGUUUAUGGUAUUGCUUAAUCGAUACCCUUCUUUGCAUAACUCGUUUGAUGCCAAAAAUUAACGUCUACAAAUCAACCUAUCCAGUGUUUGAUAGCCCUGGGAACAUCUACGUGCUGUCAACUGAAGGAUUUUUUACCUUUAAAAAAAAGGUCUAUUACAGCACACAGUUGACAAUGAAGCGUCGGUAUUAGCGAGGUUGGCUUUCUAUGAGAAUUCGUUGACCGGCAAGAAAUUAGUGUGGGUUGUCCUCAUUAACAGGUGUUCGUAUCAAGCGGGUUAAAUUGAGAGAAAAUGAAAGGGCUUUUCCCAGGGACAAAGAAAAAUGACCGUAAUAACGAGGUGUCCGUAUUAACCGGGUGUUCGUAACGCGGAGUUCGACUGUUAUUAAACAGUUUUGUUUUGUUUCUUGAAACUUUUAUUUUUUGACGUUUUCGCGGUAGUUACUUUAACCCCAUAUUACUCAAUUAAAAAACUCUCACUCCUGUUUCAACAUUAAUUUUGUUUUGUAGGACAUUAUGGGUAUUCCUUUGGAUGCUCCCCUGACACAUCAUAAAGUAGUUUAUACUCUUCCCAUGCUGACAAUAAAAGAGGAUAAAGGUAAGACUUGUACAACAGCAGCUCCUGUCAAUCCCGCGGCGUCACCGCUAGGUUACCAAGGAGACAAAUUGUCAAAACAGGAUUGUUCUUUUAACGGCUCAAAGCUUUUGUGAAUUUGUUUCGCCUCCUAAGUUAUGUAAUGGUUAGGCAUUUUAAAGGAGUGAGUACAUAUUUUGUUGUCGCUGAUUCUCAGGUACCGGUAUUGUGACGUCAGUCCCUUCAGAUGCCCCGGAUGAUUAUGCAGCACUUAGAGACGUGAAAAACAAACCGGUCAGUGAUUCAACACCUAUUAACAACAACAGCGUAAAACAGCAAAUUACAGAGAUAAUCUAUGAUAACUCUUAGACUGAACGAUUUCGAAAAACCCAAUUGCAGUCCGUUGUAAUCUUCUUCUAUUUGUUAAUGCGUGCCUUCUUUUCUGUUUCCACUCAAUUUGGUGGCCAAUUCCUAUGCUAUGACAAGGCUCCUUUACGCAUAAGUGGCAUCGGACGUUUGCUCCCAAAGACUCCCCAGGGAGCUACCUUGAAUUUAUGCUGACAGCGAGAUGUCACUUUCAGCGUUUGUGUCGUUGCUUAGCAGGUCCAUUGGCAAUUGACACAUAAGACACUUUCUAAAUACCAAGUUGUCUCAGUGAAAGACUGUCAGUGUUCCCCAUUCCUCAGCCAAGGGUAACGGAACUUUACCGAACUGAAACGGUUUUCAGUAUUGCGCGACUGCUUUCGUUUUUUAUUCCUACGCUGUCUCAUUGGCAAAAUAUUCUUGCGCCACUUUCUAUUUUACCAGUCAAAAGUAAAUCCGUCCUGUCUUGCUCGCACUUUGGUUUCGUUAACGCCACUCACCGGAAAAGUACUUCAUAGGGUUGUAUAGCGUCACGCCCCGCCACUCCACUGACAGUAAAUCAUUCUUGUUUUGUCAUUGAAUUUCAAGGCGUUUAGAGAGAAGUACGGUAUUACAGAUGAAAUGGUCCUUCCUUAUGAGCCUAUUCCCAUCAUCCGGGUGCCUGGUUAUGGAGACCUGUGUGCGGUAAAGGCCUGUGAUGACCUCAAGAUAAAGAGCCAAAAUGAUAAGGACCUUCUGGUGGAAGCCAAGGAACUCACUUACAAAAAGGGUUUCUAUGAGGGAACUCUCAUCAUUGGGGAAUUUGCUGGGCAGAAAGUUCAGGAUGUAAAAAAACUUGUGCAAAAGAAAAUGAUAGACAGCGUAAGUGUGCAUCGGAUUUUAAUGCUUUUGUCUUUUACCAUAAACGCCAAAAAUCUGGCUGUUGGAUGCUGUGUUUCAGUGUUUUUGUUCAUUCAUUUACUUGAGUAAGGAAACAGAAUAAGGUAACAUUUGCACACAACACCCCACAACACUCGAGCCCUGUUCUGUCGAGUUGAAUCUUUUGAUAAAUUUGUUCCCUAAAUCAUCCAAUUUUCUUUGGAAAUUACAAAUCCUUUGAUUGCUUAUGUCUUCAGGAUGAGGCAAGGAUUUACAUGGAGCCAGAGAGAAAAGUAAUUUCUCGAUCCGCGGAUGAGUGCGUUGUUGCCCUGUGUGAUCAAUGGUAAGGCAAACUAUGUUUACACGGGAAGGAUAAUGACUGUACAUCAAGUCCUUGUGUGGAGCAUUUUACAUCCUCUUCGAUUCAGUUGUGUGGAACUUUUAUCACAAUUAGUAUCCAGCUUAGUUUAAAUAAUUCGUGGCGCAGGUGUGCAGCUUGAAAUUUAAAUUAUCUCGCUUCAGAAUCGGCAAGAUUUCUCAGUCUCAAUCUUUCCACGGAAAGAGUUCUGCGUCAUUGUUAACAUGCAAGGAGUAUACGGUGUUAUUAUUUUUUUCUCGCUCUCUUAGGUUUUUAGAUUAUGGUGACGAACCCUGGAAAAACACGACGCGGGACGCCUUGAAAGAUGUAGAAACGUAAGUACAAAUAUAGGAGGAAGCGUGUCCGAUUGGUUAGAGCGCUGGACUUGCAAUUUGGAGUUCCCGAGUUCAAGUCUCCCCCUGACCGCUGGUUAUAUUUGUUCUCGGUAGUCCCGAGUUCAAAUCCUCGGCCAUGCUUGCGAAACGCCAGAUGGUUUGCCUCCGGCCAGUUGGGAUUUUUAACUCUGUUAAGUUUAAUUUGAAUUAUUUGUUUCAGGCAUUUGCUCGGCCCCACUAGCCUUAAUGCAUUAAUGCUAUAAAUACUGCCAAGGGUAAAUGACGGAAUUAUUACUAUUAUUAAGUAAUUUUCUGAGAUUUUAUCAGCACGAAAACGAUUGCGGCUAAUGCCUUCAUUCGCUAAGCUAAUCAAAUCGCUUUUAUUGCAGUUGGGUGCUGCCCUUUGUUGUGUACGUGUUAAUAAGUGACUUCAGACAACUUAAAUAUUUGCUCUUUUUUGUUUGUCGAUAUCAUUCGAUCAGGAAGCGGGAGAUAACGAACAAGCCAGAAAAACAAAAAACAAAACGAAUGGAAAAUCUGAAAUGUCCUGUCGUAUAAGAACAAGAUACCAUUCAAAAAAGUUAUUUAUAUUUGCCGUGUGAUUCGAGUGUUUUAGAAUAUAUAUGAUGCUUGAAAUUCAGGCGGUAAAAUAUUUUUUUAAAGUGGGUUGCUUCCUGCGCUCGAAUUCAAAGCGAAAUCUUAAUGGGAGUUGUUUUUAGUGGAAUAUAUCUUUUGAGCCUCUAAGUCUUUUACGUUUCUUACUACCGAAUGGUUAUGAAUCUGUGCAAUCGCUGGAAUCGUGAUGAAAUGCCCGCUUACGGGUUAUAGGGAGUGGUACGACCCAAGGCGUUGAAGGUUCGACUGUAAUAGAUAUUAGAAGGAUUAGCGAAAGGAAGUGGGGACGAGAGUAACUUUGAGAUGUAAACGGCCAUGAUGAAGCUUUUGACUUCAACUGAGGAUAAAAUUUGUCCCAUGAGAAGUUAACCAAUGGAUCCUUCUGAGCCGUGAAGCUGAGUAACGUGACAUAACCUAACGAGUACGUGACCUCUGUAGCGCAAAUGACCGUGACCACUGAUGUCUUAGCAAGGAAUGUAUGUGAAGGGAAUUAAAGCGGCCGUCGAUAAUACAAUGUUAGACACUUUUUUUGUAGUUGUUCGUGAAAAAGUCGAAUUUGAUUAAAUGAAGUAAAAUGAAUGAAUUUGAGUUACGGAGAAACUGAAUAUGAUUAUCGCUUAUUUCCUUGUCUUCGCGUGACAGAUUUGCGGAAGAAACCAGGCGGAACUUUGAGGCCACGUUGGACUGGAUUCACGAGCAUGCGUGUUCAAGGUCGUAUGGUCUCGGUGAGUAAAUGGCAGGUUAAUUGUCCAAACAAUUCAUGCUCAGCUUUUGUUAUACCUACCGCAAUUGAAAUUUCGUGAGUGGUUGGAAUAUGGUAUUCGCUCGAUCAUAUCGUUUCAUUCAGCUAUGAUGAAGUUUUUUGAAGAUAUGAAGACGUUUCUGUCCUAUGACAAAUAUCCAAUGGAUCCUUCUGAGCUGACGAAUGACCCUAAAUAAGGGUUAACGAAAUGUUUCCUGAUGUUAUCCCUGCUUUUCACGUUUUUUAAACCACCCAGACCUCUCUUCGCACUUUCCAAAGUUCGCUUAAGCACUUGUUCCCUCGUUUCCUUGAGAUCUCAAGGUUCUACUAGUCACACUAAGGCCCAAUCAACUCUGGAAAUGGCCUGUUUCGGCAUUUACUUCACGGUUGCGCCUGCAAGACUGCGUCACUAGGGCCCGCCGAGCAAGUUUUAAAGUAGGGGGCGGGGGGGCGCUUUACCUCUUUUGAAGUGGGAAAGGGGGUUGAUGAACGCUCAUCAAAAUGUUAAUAUAUUUUAUUGAUUCAAAGAAACAAAAGAUAUCUUCGUUAAUUCGAAGAAACAAAAGAUAUUUAAGAACUGCAGUAAAGUGCGAUUAACCAAGUGCCGAUUUAAUACAGUUACAACAACUCAUCAAGCAUAGUUUAACAAACGAGGAAGGAGUUAGUAAGAAAAGACUGAAGUAUGUAACCAUGCACAGAAAAGUGAGAGAAGGCAGCAUCAUAAUUCUGGCGAGGUUUACUGGCCCACUGUCAUGAAAUUGGAUUCAUUUAGUGUACCGAAAUUUCUUUUCCAAUUAUCAGCAAAUUCAUUUGCCAAGGCGACGUUGUUGUGGCUGUUUAGUACUGUCAGAUUACUGGAACUUUCCUGCGUCAUUGUUGAGCAGAGGCAUGUUUUUAACUUUCAAGCCGCUAAAAAGGACCUUUCUCUUUCUGCGCUGAUUGCAGAAUUACUCGUAGUAGCUUGUCAUCAUCAUCGUCAUCAUCAUUAUCAUCAUCAUCUUCAUGAUCAUCUUCAUCAUCUUCAUCGUCAUCAUCACCUCCUCCCCCUCCUCCUCUUCUUAUUAUGAUCGUUAAGGUGAACGUAGUCCUCCUCCUCCUCCUCUUCCUUCUUCUUCUUCUUCUUCUUCUUCUUCUUCUUCUUCUUCUGCAUUUUAAUUUUCUUUAUUUUUUGACUUUUUAUUUUCCUUUUAGGAACUCGACUUCCUUGGGAUGAACAGUAUUUAAUAGAGUCAUUGUCUGAUUCAACCAUUUACAAUGCAUACUACACAGUCGCACACUUGCUACAGGAGGGGUCAUUUGAUGGAUCUGCUGGUGGACCGCUAGGAAUAAGGUACCUUUCACUUGGAAUAUGUAAUAUACUCCUCCUCCAUAAGUGUCCACUGUAAGAUUCUUUUUGUAGCGAUACCUUGAAACCAGUGUCAUUGUUUGUUUGAUUAUUGCGGUGAAGUGUCUGAGUGUUGUUAGUGAUUCCAAUAGACGUGUGGGGAUAUUGAUCCGUUAUCGAUUGACCUGUUGUUACUUACUCUGUCAGUGACUUCACUGAAAUGUAAGUGUUUGUGCAAUAUCGAUAGCAUUUAAAAAGUGCAAUGUGGCAAUCCAUGAAUUUGUUUAUUCACAGGGUAACUAAGGUCAAUAACCUUUGCCGAACUGUGCACACUCAGAAGCUCAAGGAGGCUUUGUGCAUGCUGACUGCUAAUUAACGACCUCGGUUUUGGGGUUAAUUUGGUUGGUUGAAUUGGUUGAUUUGUAAUGUUUAAAUUCUCGGUCAUACUUGCACUUGAGUCAGUUUGUCAAAUUUAAGCUUUAUGAGGUAGUCAGACGUCCCUUAUAACUGGUUUUAUAUUGUGAAAGAGGUUUUAGGAACCAAACAUAAGUUAGGUCUACCUCGGGAAAGUGACCUUCAUCAUCUCUGAGCGUGGUAUGAGAAAGUGCCUUGAACGAAGGCCCAAGAUCAGUCUGUCAGCUUGUUAUUUUGGGUAAAUACCUUUUUCCGGUCCGUUCUUCAGUCUUUCUUAACGCUUUCUACAGUAAACAAUUAACAUUUUUUUCUUUGGUUUUAUUUUGGGUUUCAUCUACUGAGUUGUUUAAGUCAGUUUCCCUUUGUAGUAUAACCUUGUCCCCGGCACGGGUAUUUUCACACAUUGAGCUUUCCGCAAAUGCUAGACAAAUUUUCGUGUAGUUGGGUUGGGAUAGGCAUGCUUGGAAUUUAGCGAACCAUCAGAUCGUAAAGACGGUAGCAUUGAUGACUGACUCCUGUUUUUUGUUUUUGCUUGAAUGAUUGCAAUCUCUCUAUAGGUGUUAAAAGUUUGAAAUACUAGACUGAAAUUGCGGUGAAAGUUUUGUUAGACAAGAGUAUUAUACUUUCAAUUUCACGGCUCUUAAUUUGUUAGCAAGAACUGACACCUUAAGGCAUUAGCUGUCUGAAUAGCGACAGGUGAAUGGAAUUUAACUUGUAAUAUAAACUCCAGUUAAGUAUAUAAGUGCUUCCCACCCCUCGGCCCUCUGUUUCAAGAGUUUUCGACUUAAAUUCGCAGGUCAAUUUAAUAAAAACUUUGCAAGUAUAUUUCACAAGUGUUGCUAUUUCUACAGUAGCGUAAACAUUUAUAUUGAAUGGAUUGCUGGUUCUAGUAAGUUCUUUAUCAAGUUUCAGGUUUCAAGACUAUUGUUUUACCAUAUUUCAUAACUAAUUAAAUGAAUAUACAGUAUGACUGCUUCAUGACGAUGAGGCCCAACGAAAACCACUGAGCUUAUGAUUACUAAUUCUACGCUCCCUUAUUUUUUGAUAUUUAGUUAAUUAUCAACGUAUUAUAACAACGACAAAUCAGUGGUAGAGGAUCAUUACAUGUUAGAUAUUUGUUUCAGUUAAGCGUAGUUAGCCAGACAACUAAAAAGUGCUAUACAAAAAGGGCUAAAAAUGCAUGAGAAAAAUGUCUAAAGUAAGAGGAUUGCUUUCAGUUUAGUGGAAAAAGAGGGAGCGUUUUGAAUUUCAUGGGCUUUUCUUUCUUUUAUAUUCACCAAAGAAGAUGCCUUUUCUUCACAACUUUCUUAUAUAACACUCUUCAUCUUACUAAAUGUUUCAGACUUUGACCCCUUGUAGAUAGACAAUAGGGCCAUUUAUACGAGGAAAAAUAAGACGCGAACUGUACCAUUUAUACGAGCAUGUCUUAUCUAAUAAGACGCGUCUUAGCUAAGCCGCGUCUUAUUUUAGACGAAAUGUGCCGUUUAUACGGAAAGUUCGCGUCAUAUUUAAGGCGCGUCUUAUGUUAGACGCGUCUUAUUUUUCCUCGUAUAAAUGGCCCUACUUUUUUCACAUCCGAGCUUGUCUUGUGUUUUCUGGACAGUAUGUUUUAUAGUGCUACUGUUUAUUAUGCCAUAAAAGGCAGGUUCGUACUUUGAGCAUGCAGUUAGAUCCUUCAGAAUGGCCAUGUGAACAAAUCUAUUGAGCAGAACAUUUCUCUGCUGUUGAUUAUUGUCCUGCCGUUGCUAGAAUUUGAGUCUGUGAGUUUAUUUCUUAAAGAAUGACGUGUUUCACUUGUGUGGUACUGUACUGUUCUCUUGAGUCUGUGAAUAAAUCCCAAAAGUUUGGUCAUUCGUUGCUUCCCUGAUAUGAUCAAAUACUCCUCACUUCACGGUUUGUAAUGAUCUCAGGGAAAACAAGCCAGUUUAUUAAAAAGCCUCAAGAACGUCCCUUUGGCCUCGGCCAUUCUUUUAAUAAUUCUCACGUUUUGGGUUAUUUUGCCAAAAAAACACUCUGUCCUAAGCCGUUCCAUACUUUUUUUUUUCGUCCAAGUUUAAAAAUAUAGAACAUCUAACCGGAUACACCUUCGUGAAUAUACAAAAUAUCUUGAUAAGUAAAAUUUGAUUUUUAACUUUAAGAUAUNGAAAAAAAAAAGUAUGGAACGGCUUAGGACAGAGUGUUUUUUUGGCAAAAUAACCCAAAACGUGAGAAUUAUUAAAAGAAUGGCCGAGGCCAAAGGGACGUUCUUGAGGCUUUUUAAUAAAAAAACAAUAUUAUUUAAUGUUUAUUUUAUAAUAAUUUAAAAAAAAAAAAAAAAGUUUUUCCUUUUUUUUGAGGGGGGGGGGGGGGGGGGGGGGGGGGGGGGGGAAUACAUGUUUUUUAAUUGCAAUGAUCUCUGUUACACCAGAAAAUUAAUUACAAUUCACCAAGUAUUGACAAGGUGUGAUGUUCGUCUCCCACUAUUGUAGGUCUGCUAAUAGAAAGGAUUGAAGUUUUGUUUUUGUUUAUAGUUUUAUCGUAUUCUGAAAUACAGUAACAACAAACAAAAAGAAACAGCAACAAUAAAAGGCGCCAUAUCGCAUUCUAAUGUUUUGUUUAUCGUUGAGCUCGGUGAGUUAUAUUAUACUCCAUGUUUCUGCCCUGCAUGCUCUUAGCGUUGCUUGUUUUUUUCUUCUGUUUGGUGAUGAAGAAUGAUCUGUUAUCAUACGUAUUCUCCUUUCAUCACUUUUUUUUGCGCAUUUAAAGUAAAGUUUUUGCUAAUUUAGUAAGCGAUUUUUGGCCAUUGUUUUAUUUCUUAGUUAUUUUUAUCAAAAUGUAGGUUUGUUUUUUGUGUGUAUUUUGGCUUCCUUCAAAGGUUAAUGCAAGCGAAAAUUAAUUGAGAAAAUCUUUACUUUCCCUACGCAACACUCAGGUAUUCAAACUACUUUUGAUUUAAAAGCAAGGUGUUUUACCGAUAAAAUACAGUUGUCGUUGGUUUAUUAGAGCAUUGAUGUUGGACCGUUGACCAACGAACAUAUCUUAUUUUAUACCAAUGUAUGCUUUUUGCCAUAUGUGUAUGAUGACUGUGGCUGAAGUGAUUAAAAGCAGGAGGAUAAAAGCCACUUUAAUCCUUGGAGCGAGUAGUGAAAGUUGUGGACAAAGGAAGAAUGAUUGAGCAAGGAAUUGCACGAUAAUCAGCCAAAAAACCUGAAAUCUGAAUUUGGGGGACACAAAGCCAUUGUUUUCCGCCAUCUUUUAUUAUUAAUUAUCAUCUAACGCGUUUUGCUUGAUCGUUUUGCAAUCUUGUUGUAUUUUUCCUUUCAGGGCCGAACAAAUGACCCGUGAAGUGUGGGAUUACGUAUUCUUCAAGGAUGCCCCUUUUCCAAAAACAGAUAUCUCAGCUGGAAAACUCGAGUGAGUAUCUGAUACAUUCUUCUUUACGGAAAUGAAAUUUUGCUAUUGUCCUUUGUCAUAUUGUUACCUGCGACAAAUAUUUGGCUAUGCUGUUUAGGACUGUAGGAAAGGGAGACGUUGGCGCAGCUACAGUCUCCUGCGGACACUUUCACCCAACGCUGUUUUUUCGGCAAUUCUGACCCGUCUCUCGUCCUCCCAAUGUCGUUUAUCGCAGUUAACUCACCAAAUCUUGUACACGAACAUUGGGAGGGUGAGAAGACCGUUAAGUGUCCAAACAAUUUUGACUAAGGCUGUAGGUUAGUACUUGCUGAUAAGAAAACCAGAAAAAUUAAACUUAAGAACGUUACUCGACUUUUCGAUGUUACGAAAAUCAUUAUCAAGAGUGAGAAAUGUUAGUGUCAAAGUUGUCGAAAGAGCUUCAUUAUUAUGUAGAUUUCUUAAGAGGAAAGCUUCUGAUUGCACGUUCGGUUUGAGUUCUUGUAUAAAUAGCAUCUCGUAGACAAGGCAUUCGAAUAUAUUUCUGCAUUUUUUGAGGACCGAAAAAUUGUCCGUGAGGGUUGGUUGAUAACCGCUAUCCUAUGUUUAUUUUUCUUCAGUUGGCGAUAGAUCGUCAAAACUGUUACCUCCCAAAAGCUACUUUUGCAAUUCUCAGUACCACACCUUGUUAGUGCGAGUUCGCUAGAGGCAGGUUAAGAAAAAGAAACCGCUGCUUUGUUAUGCCUUGAUUACUCCAUACAAUAUGUAGCUCUGUCUAUAAAAACUAAACCAAUGAAGUCGAAAAUUUUACGACUUAACACCCUCUUUUUAAUUCCUUUUUUUGUAAUGGUUGACCCUACUUUCUUUGUGGUAUAUCUAAUAAGUUUUGGUUUGACACGUAAACGACACGAGCUUUUAGCGCAUUACGAUUAUUAUUUCCGCCCAGAAAUAGCAAGCAUUUUUUUGGUUAAAAUCCUGGCGCUCCCUUUCGUUAUUCCUUUUUCAGGAAUUUAUUUCCGCCUUGAAUCAAUCUAAAAAGAAGUAGACUUAUACUCUCAGCUCUGUUAUUUUGUAUCCACAAAUUCAUUGUGAUAUUUUUCAAGCCAAAGCUGAGUGUUGUAAUCAGUUUACAGCCAACAAGAUGGUGAAAAGCUUAAAAGAUGUUUAUCGUUUCCAGACAAAUAUCUUGAAGCCUUAAUCAGACUAUUAUCUAGUGUUGACCGAUUGUUAUUAUCAUGUACUCAGACCGGCAAACCGUGCCAAAGGCAAUGAAAUAGUCAUCUCAAAGGGUGACUAUGUUAUUAUUUAAAAAGAACAUCCAGUUACAAGGGAAGUGAAAUUAAUUUUGAUUCGAUACAAAACGGCUUGAUAAGUGCCUUAUAAAAUCACCCUAAUCAUCAAAUGAAUGUUUUAGCUUUAAAUGUCUUAGCAAAAUUGCCUAGGGCUUUAAAAAUACUAUUUUACAAUAUGAAAAAGCCCUGUCCAGCUGCGCUUGUAUUCAGUAUUAAAUGUCACAUCGCGUGCGUGUUCGACUUUCGCGCUGUUUUAUUCAGGCAUCACGACUAAUUUGUCGUUGAAUAUUCUCGUUAAAUUUUCGUGGUUUAGUUUGUCCUGCUGUUUACCCAUUGUUUUAACCCCAAAAAUAUAUAUCUUUUUUCAAAAGCUUUUUAAAUAAAGUUGAAAAUAUCACUAGGAUUUUUUAUUUUUCUGUUACAUCUACAUUUAAAUUUUCUCCUUUUCUUCGCAAGAAAAGAAAACAAACAGGUUUUGAAUAACGACGGAAUUAAAAAAGUGUUCCCUUAUCCUCACUUAGAAUUUAAUGUCAGUUUUUUUUUUCAGAAUACUUAGAAGUAGAUUAAAGUUAUUUGUAGGGUUUAUACAAAACAUUGCAACGAACAAACAACAACAACUCAAUUAAAAUACCGAGCUCUUCUAGACGAGCACCAGUGCUCCACUAAUCGGGUACGCGUACACAAAAUAAUUCAAAUAAAUAAUUCUUACUCCAAUUAAUAAAAAGAUAUAAUAAUGGGAAUAUGAACAUUGUAUAUCCUAAGUGGUAUUAACGAUUACACGUUUCACUAGCGUUACAACUAUCACUGUCCACUUGGCACAAGUCUAGUAAAUCUUUUUUUCUAAUUUACUUCUGAAGCUCUGAAGAUAUGUCACUUCUCUCACUUAGGGAGUUAAUUAUUUGCAAGAAUGCUUCCCAUAUUUUACCUUAGAAAUUCUUUUAAUUCUGCAUUUGUGAGAUUAUAGGACAAUGACUUUCACAAUUUGCACAGAAUUUCUUGGAUAACUGUUCUGCAAACAGCUCCAGAAUUAGUUUUAUUUGUUAUUUUCCGCCAGCCUGAUAUUCUCACUACUCCCUUCAUUUUCCUUUCAUGUACAGGCUUUACAUACUCGAAACUUAAAACCUCAUCACAGUGUCGCGGUAACUUUAAUUUCUUUCUAGGUCUUUCGUCUAGUCCGAUAUUUUGUGGUCGACGUAGGAAAAUUGGACUCAACGACAACUGACUAUCCAGAAAGGAGUUUUGCCGGUUCUCUCACGGUAAAAGCUGUCAAAAAAAAUGUCAGGGACUUGGGGCCCAUAUGAAAAUGUGGGGGCGAACUUUCAUCUGAUGUAGUCGACUAAACUGUGAAUCUCCAGAUGAAUAGGAACCAGCAGUGAAACUUAAAUGGUCUCAUAAUUCCACUUUGAUAAAAAAAGUCAAAAGAAAAUAGUAAAAUAUUUACCAACGUAACUUCAAAUGGCUUUCGCUUACUCUUGGUAUAGUUUAAGUUCGGAUCCAUGAGUAUCGGCGCUUGUUUUUUCUACAGUAUAUAAAGCCGUCAUAGUCAUGCUUGUUCGACUUUCAGUUCUUGAUUUGUGUUUCUUACAAAGUGCGUGAUUCAGAGCUUCCCUGAAAUCCUUUUUUCCAAGGACGUAUAACAGUGGGUUGGACAGGGAUGUAAAGAAGCGAGUGUAGUGAUAGAAGACAUACGAUGCCCAAGCAGGCAAGUCGGCUGCAUGUGCUAGCUGCUCUUGGAGGCUCAAGAUAAAAUAUGGAAGCCAGCAUACAACGAACACGAUCAACAUUGCUAAAAAGAUGAUGGCUGUUUUGCGCUGAGCGCUAUUUUGCGCAGGCGUCAACUCAGGAUCUGAGGGACUGUGAUAUCUUCUUAUCUGCCGCUCGUGGUACCGGACUGUUAUAAAAAUGUGCGCAUAGGUGAAGACCAUUACAAGGAGGGGAACCGCGAAAAAUAUAACAACAACUAUCAGGUCGUAUGCUAUCUGCGCUUUAUUUACCUCAUCUGUGUCAUCUUCGUUCAUGCUAGCAUUUUGCCGCCAUGAUAGUUGAAUAAGGGUCACAAAUGUGGCCGAGAUCCACGCCAGGGUUGUGAGCGCAAAGAACACUUUUCGUGUCAUGAUGCAGUGGUAUCUUAUGGCGUGUCUUAUAGCAAUGUAGCGAUCCACAGAGACAAGGACAAUAUGUAGAACUGUGGACACUGAGAUAAAUCGCCAUAUUAAUACAGAGGGCGGACAAACGUUGUUGUCUCCGAAGAUGGUACAGGUGAUGGCGAGCGGAAUGCCAACUAGACCUGCCAAUAAGUCACUUACAGCUAGACUGACAAGAAACGAGUUACCGACAGUUCUAAGAGAGCGGUUGCGAAUAAACAUUACAAUGACCAUUACGUUUAAGAUGACGAUGAAGCACGCCAGUACGACUGGAAAUGUGUCGAAUUCCAAGCUGAAUUCUUCCAUGUCUAUUUCGUCUCCCGAAAGUUCACCGCUUCCGAACGAGCCUUCAUCGGCGGUGAAGUCUUGCUCUCGCAUCAAUUUUGUCCUGUUUCCCAUGAGUACGAUUUCAGUUGACGUGAAAAAAAAAAAGGUUGACUGACACCCAGUUUGCUACCAGCUGAUGUUGUUUGCGCUUUCUAAGAUAAACGCCGAUCCGAUAGUGAUAACAUCUUUAAGAGCGUCUUGCAGCCCAAAGCAUGAAGUCGCUAGAAACUUUUCAAUGCAAAUUGUUCUUUUUUGAGUUCACCCGAUGUUGUUUCCUGAAGAGAUGACAGUGAUGUCUCCCCGGUGUCUCGCUGUGAAGAGAAAUCAUUACAAACUAAAUGAAAACAAUUUAAAAAAAUUCCGGGAAAAAGGUAACACAGAGUGAAAAAUGUGUGUCUUUCUUACGCUACAGCUUGUUCGGUUACACGAGAUUUCUCUGUUGAGGCGUAUGUUAAGCUGCAGUACUAGUAGCGUUAUAUACAAGUCUUCCUCAACAAGAUUGAAUUGGUCAGUGCGUGUGUUAGGCGUCUAUCUGUAACUGAUACGAAGUAGAGAGGUUUUUGUCAUAAUUAUUGUCGGAAAAGAGCCCCUGGCUAUUUUUGUCUUGACAGGUUGAUUGCUUCUUUGACAUUGUCUCAUCAUGUUGGGUAGUAAAAGCCCUAAUGUGUUGAGUUCCAAAUAUCAACUUCUAUUUCCUAACAGUUGUUUUUGGUGCUUUCGUGAUCGAAAUCGCGUACACAGCAAACAAAUGCUCGUUUUCGCCACAAAAGGCUUCUUCAGUAAUUUAAUCCUAGUCUUCAUGUGUUGUAUUAAGUCGUAAUUAGACUUGCAUAAGUAAGGUGUAUUACGAGUAUGUCCCAGUUGGCCUUGGCUUUCGCUAUUAACGAUGAAGUAAGUACUUUUCACUUACUUUACGUCAAGUCCAAUAUACGAUAACAUUUUGUCCUUCUUUCGCCGCAUUAUCCUCCUCUUAUUUUAAGAGAAGUCAAUUGCAUUUGGCGUUGCAUUUUAUUCCCGUUAAUUGGGUUUUAGCAGUUGACCUUCGCGCCGAAAUUCCCUGAAGAGUAUCCUAUAUAAAGUACUGCAUUCAUUUCCUUUCCAUGUUUUCUCCGAUCAUCUAAUCUGCUUUAGUAGCUCAUUUCUUGUUGAUAUGUCCACAUUGGUUCACUAACCUUUUUAAUGAAUUAGUCUCUGUGGCCAAAGUGAAAGACGCGAUGCUUCAGAUUUCAGAUACCAUACUGAACAGAUUUUAGCGGACGAAAUAACGACACGCGCAUUUCUCAAAAAGAAUUGUAAAAAAUAAGUAUGAAAUGUACAUGCGCCAAAGAAAAUCGAUUAUGCGGAAGAUGUUAUCAGUUAAAUGUAGAAUGAUAAACAAUAGAUUUUACAGGUCGUAAAUUCGCUUUGCUUCGAUUAAAAUUCAGUUUUGUCGGUAGAAUUGUUUUCUGUCGUUAGCUCUUUAGUAGCAGCUGAUAAGAACCUGUCGAGAUAAGUAUGGGCAAAUGUGUUGCAAAUUGAACAUCCGUAAGCGCGCUCUUGAGCCUAAAGCUGUUUAAUAAGCCAGUGGAAGUAGCAAUUUAGAGCUGUCUUGCCGUGCCUUGCUGCGCGAUCGUCAUUUAAAAGCUUUUGAAUUAUCGUGAACUAAUAGCUGUAAUUAUUAGGGAUUUGGUUUUGUUUGAGAGGUUACUAUAUCAAAUGGGUAGAAUCUUGACGUAAUUAUUAAAACUAUCCAGUCCAAAACGAUUCAUCAUUGCAAAAUAAACACUACAUUUCGGGAAAUGUCUUACGUUAAUGUUGAUAGUCGUGAGGUGGAUUUCCACUGUCGCGUAAUUUUAACGUGCGUAAGGGCGUAAAAUUAACGUGCAUAAAUAAAAUAGAGAAAAUGUAUGAAAGGUCGCGCGCAAACGUUUAAGUUUUGACGCGGUCAGUUCAACUCUUACAUUCACGCGAGACCUUUCAUACAUUAGUUCCUCUAAAAAAAAUUACGCGACAGUGGUAAUCCGUCCCUACUCAUGAAAAAAAAUCUAAAUACUUACAGAUGAGAUAAGAUCAUGCAUCUUUGCAGCACCAAAACACUAUUUAGAAAUGUACCACAAAGUUGUUCUGAUCAACCAAUGUUAUUUGGAAUUUUAUCGACACACUAACCUUUUGUAGGUAUUUUGGUUUGUAAUCACUCGAAUACAUCAAAAAAGACAUUUUGAAACAAAAGUAAUUCAUUUGUUAUUUGAGACCCGUAGCGCAACAGUUUUCGGAUUUGAACGUCAACUAUUUUUAGGGAUUACUGUGACAAUAUAUUUCGAGAUAUGUACAAAUGAACUUGUUGUUUUAACACAACUAACCUGCGUACCAGGCUCCUCUAAGUAAUAUGGGCGCAAGAUUGGAAAAGAUGAGCUAUUCCUUUUCGUGUCGAACGCGUUCCGUUCCGUGCGGAAAUUGUUAGUCAUUAUGUCGCUUAGUGUUGUGCUGCAUUAAGAAAUUGUUUCUUGUUAAAAAAAAAAAACCCUCGUUAAUACGGCUACCCCACCCCGUUAAUACGGCCAAAUUUUUUUGGCCCAUUGGUAACCGUAUUAACGGGGUUCCACUGUAUUUUACGUUUUGUUUUACGCGGUUUUUUGUUUAGUUCUCUGUUGCCUUCAUAAUACAUACACCAUACAGCUAUUGAUAGGAUACGAGCGAGCGAUACGAACGAGCAGUUCCACGCUUGUGAUUUGUCUGAAACAGGAGCCGAUUACUGUAAUCGGCUCCUGUCUGAAACAGCUGCUAGGCAGCGCCAGCAGUAGUGAAAGUGUACUGGUUGAUCUCUAAGACUUCGUGUCACAAAAGAGAAUUUUCUCUGCAUUUAAGAGCAGUCACAUAUUGCAGAUGGGUUGUUUUCUACGCACUGUGCAUAGCACUUCGUUAUUAAAAGUACAAAUGCUAACUUUGUAUCAUAUUUCAAAGCCUAGAUUAAAACUAAAAAGAAACUGUCUCUCUCACCCGGUUUCCUGGUAAAGAUAUCUUGCGCGCAUGUUCUGUUCAACAUUUUGCAUCGUGUUGUUAAUUAGUGUGAAAGUCGAACGACAAACUUUAUUUACCACCAGCAUCCUCUUAUACCAAAAAUUGAAUUGAAAUUACAAAGUUUUAAAAAUGGCUUGUUGUUAGAGAAUAAGUUAAGCAGAAAGUGAGCUGUGAUGAGACGGUAAAUGUAGAGAAAAAGUCUAUAAAAUUUUUUUCGUUGUUGUUAUUGUUGUUUCAUCAUGUAUUUUCCAUUGGUAUUAAGUAUAUAAACUGGUGCGAUUUUUUUAAAAAAUUUCAUUAUCCGUUUUCGUCGCCUCAUAAUGCUAUCCAUCUUUUCACAUUGUAAACCGUUAUAUUAUUAUUCCAGCACCUCGUAAAGGGCAAAAAACGCUCUUGCAAAUAUACUAUAAACUGAACAGCCUGGUUAAUUUUAAUAAUUUCUCAGUCUUUCACGAGGUUCGUUAUAUGGUGUGGGUCGUUAUAUAAUUAUCACAAAGAUCGUUUUAUUCGGGACCAUAUUGUUAUCACUAAAUUCGUUAUUUCUCGGGAGGUUCGUUAUAUUGGAAGGUUCGUUCGUUAUCGGGAGCUUGUUAUAUUAUGAUCACAAGAUUUCUUAUUUCUUGUAGGUUCAUUAUUUCGGGAGGUUCGUUAUAGCGGACGGUUCGUGGUUCGUUAUCGGGAGGCUCGUUAUUAUUAUAACGAGAUACGUUUUUUAUAGGUUCGUUGCCUCGUUCGUUACAUCAGGAGGUUGGCUUUACCGGGGGAUUCCGCGUUAUAUCGAAAUAUAUAUCGGGAAGUUUGUUGUAUCUGCGAAACUGAAUUUAUAAUUUCUAUUACUCCGUGACUUCCAUAUUACCCUGUAAUGUUAAGUUUUUCAGUUUCUUGGUUUAUUAAAUGCUUGGAUAAUGUGUACGUGAGAUUUGUCAAGGUCUGUAUAUUGUUCUCUUGGGUGUUAUUAGAUUAACAGAUUACCACAAAGUGCCUGGAAACAUGAAUCAUUUGGCUUGCUGUGUCUUACGAAAACACCAAUCUCAAUCUUAAAAUUUUUGCCAUCAUUUUUUGCAGUUCUUAUAAAUGUUUGUAAUUCAUCAUUUGUAUUUUUUUUUAAUCUUAUUCUUAUUUAACUGUAGCGGGAUAUGUUCCCAGUUCUGUAACAUCCUCUUUCAAUGCCUGUGGUGGGACUACGUCAUGACCAAAACAGCAUAUUCAUUGCUUGGUUAGCGCCCUUAUCAAUAAGCACAACUUAGUUUGAAAACAGCGUGACCCUCUUCUGUCGUGGGAGGUAUUUUGAGUGGAUUGUCGUGUUAUCGUGCUAAGAUCAAGUCCAAGUUGAAACGAAAGCAAUUGUUGGGAAGCCCUUGUGUCUUCCUUCCUCAUCUCGUUUUGUUUUGUCAAUUGACAAUCGAGCUGUUUUACAUAGUUUACAAGUUGGGCUGUGUUUUCGGAAAUCCCCUUAGUUUAUUUCAAUGUUUCCUUUAUGUUAGGAGACAAUAGCGCUCUGGUAAGAGAAAGGCCAAUGGAUUUUAUAACAGAUUGAAGCAAGAAGGAUUAUAUGAACAAAACAAUGCGUUCAAAAACGCUUCAGUAGCGUCUCCGCAUGAAAGAUAUACGUCCGAACCAAUGAAAAGCAAAAACUACAAGGAAGUCGGAUAGAUGAGGUACCUACCAACAGGAAACAAGAAAAUUGUAUGGACAGUGAAUGUUUCCAUAACUACAAUAAAAUUUCAUGUAUUAACUCAAGUCUUCUCCGUACUCGUUUUAUGAUGUGAAAAAGUUUAUCAGGGGCACCCAACGAGGAUAUAGUUCAAAACCACUUAACAUAGCAUUGUUGAACGUAUUUUAGUAUUCAAACGGUACAUAUAGGCAUAUUUUUAUCCCCUAAAAACUUUUCAUCUGUUCGGAUUUCCUAGCUGAAAGUCUAGUGAUCCGAAAAUUAUAGGGAUAAAAACUUACCUUCUCGAAAAUUUCAGUCAGGAAAAGGCUCCCGAAAAUUCUAGGUGGCCUUUUUUUAGGGUCAAAAUCCGUUGAAAAUGGGUAAUUAUACCAUUUUGUAGAUCUUCGAAAAUCCUAGGAGAGGCAGGCAAGCAAGAAAUUUUACAACAAAUGCUCCGAAAAUUCUAGAUCUCAAAUCGUCUUCCGAACAGAUAUUUUCCCGAAAAUUGCCGUUGGGUGCCCCUGGUUUAUGAUAUUUGCUUAAGGAUGUGAGUAGUAUUGUUAUGGAAAUUUUUUUUUCUUCAAGGACUCUUACGGUUAUUUUAUGAAAUUGCUUUUUGUGUUGUGUUGGGAAAUAAUGUUAAGAUUAAUUUACGCUUUAGCGUGGAAGUCGUGUGAUGCACAAUAAGUCGCUGACAACUAUAUGCAUGGCCUUUUUUAAGUUUAGAUUAUCUCGUGCAAAAGGUUAAUGAAAAUCUGCGAGUACAUCUAUGUACCAAAAGGAAAAAACAGCUGUCUUUAAAAGAAUAAUAUAGUAGAUUUCUUGGCGGUUUUACAAAUAUUUAUUGUUAUACUCCUCGCCUUAAUAUCUCACACCUUUAGAUUAAAAUCUUCGUAAUGAAAUCGCAGUUUUUUUGAAAAAAAAAAAAGGUUUACUGAAAUUCCCCAUGCCUAGUGAAAAAUUAAAUGUACUAGAAUUUUGAUAAGAGACUAAGAAGUUCCAAGAGAACUCUGCAAAUGCUCUUCUUUAGUUUUCUUGUGCGUUUUUGUUCUUUGGAGAAUAAAUAAAAAGGCUUGGGGCUUGCCAUUAGGAUUUCUUUGUCCACGUCUCUUGCACAACGUUGCUCGGCCACACCAUGCUGACACCUUAAUUUCGGAUUUGUGUCCUACCGGUGCGAGUAGACCAAAAACUUGUAAUUUCUACAGACCGGUUUUUGCAGUGGCAUUCUUGGAACUUUGACUCCUUCCAGUGGAAAGAAACUUAAUCUUACUUUGGGUCUAACAUCCAGGCAAUUUAACGCUCUUACAAAAUAAUUUUGGUUGAAUCAUCGUUUUUGAAUACUUGCAGAGAUCUUAUUGACGAAUGCAAAUGAUAAGUUAACGAAAAAAAAAAACAUUGUGAAAUUGCUGUUUUAUUGCAAAUGAAGGUGUGUCCCUGCUCACUGUUCGUUGAUACAUAUUAGUUUAACGAAAAAAUGCCUCUUUUAACGUCGAUAAAGUGUAUGCUUUAAGGUCAUGGUUGCCCUUUCGUUUCAUAAGAAUUAACAUCAGAUUAAAAUUGCUGUAUUAGAAAAGCCGAGUAUGAUUUUAGUUUUGUAAUUGAAUUUUAAGGCGAAACGAAAAGUCUGUAUGGCGUAUUUUUAAGUGUUUCAAGUUCUGUCAGUUUUAUCGCAGUGUUAUCGAAACAUCGCAAACUUCCUAUUUCUAACAAAUGUUGACAUCCGAUGCUAAGUUUCACUUUAUAACUUCUUAGGCCUGUUUCAAACGUCGUGCUACUGCCGUGCUAAGCUGGCUUGACUGUAGCUCGACUGCAGCACGACACUAGCACGACUUAGUUUCAGACGUCGAAUUCAAUUCAGUCGAAUACAACGGCUCUUGCCGAAAACAAAACAAACCAAAAAAAAGAAACGAUUUCGCAAACUUUUAAAUGUAUUCUAAUGUAUUCAUAAUUUAUGAAUUGAGUUCACCACGGCAGUAGCGCGGCGUUUGAAACCAAGUCGAGCUACUGCCGUUCUAAAGUCGAAUUUAAUUCGGUCAGUUUAGUUCGGCACGGCAGUAGCACCACUUUUGAAACGGGCCUUAGUUUCAGACGUGGAAUUUAUUUCAGUCGAAUAGAAUGGAACUUGCAGCCUUUGUCGACUUACCCGCACCAAACUGUCACUUUUCUGUUUGUUUUUUGUUUUUCUGUUUUUUUUUUUAAGCUUAGCAGCUGAGACGAUCUGGUCUGAAAAUGGUGAUCACUGUCCCCGUUACGCGUCUUUUUCCUCGCCUGCAGUAUGUCUGUUUAUGUUGAUUGUGUACACUGAGGCUCGUUUAUUAAAAUCGUAAAAAAGGCCGGAUUGAUUUUUGCGUGCAGAAGUCUUCAAUAACGCUUAAGAGUUUGGGAUGAAUUGUUGGCAAAGCAGAGAACUCUCAUUAAUUUUCAUUGCGUUAUUUUUUGUCCUUAUUUGACGAACCUUUUAGGAGCAGGCUCAGUUAGAAAUGGUUAAGGUCAGGGUGAAAUUUCCGAAAGCUACAUUGUACACCUGUUGUUGUUGUUCAUUUUGUAUGCUUUUGCUCUGAUCAUAUUGAUCAUGCUUUUUUUCUCUAGCAAAUUACGACAAGAGUUCCAGUAUUGGUACCCAGUUGACCUGCGUGUAUCUGGGAAAGACCUGGUACCCAAUCACUUGACCUACUUCCUCUACAAUCACUGUGCUGUCUGGCCAAAUGAGAAAGACAAGUGAGUCUUAAAUACAAAUGAAUCAGCUAACUUCCGUUUGCAAACGCGCACGUACUUCCGGCUGUCGCUCCUCCAUGCCGAAAAGUAUUGAGAGGAAGGACAGCCAAUGCCUCCGUAGGGUAACAAAAGUCUUUUUCUUUUAGGAAAAAAACGUUUAGCCUCCAUUUAUCAAAUGCGGCUUUGUCUUCGCAGUUCGAAGAAUUAAGUGAGAAUUAUGAAGUUAAGUUCGGCAUUAAAUUGCUGGAGAUGAGCGGAUUUUACUCGACGAAAACAAGCGUUCAUUCAAACUUAUGUUUAGUACUCUUGAGUCGUCUAGUUGAAGUUUUCUUGUUUCUUCCGAUCUUCGGCAGCCAUUUUAUCGACAUAGCUGGGCAACAACAAAUCAAAAAACAUGACUUGAAUACCUGCGGUGCAGUUAGCGUGCGGAAAGUUAUGGUCUUUUAUAUUUUCCAGUUUAAGAUUAGUUGAGAGGAACCCACUAAAAUAUAUAAGUAGGACGCAAAAUACGGCAUAGUGGCCGGUGAAGUUCGUACGAUGAAACACUGAAGCUGUUUAGAAGCGUCUUUGACGUUGAAGUCGUCGGGAAUUAAAACGGGUGCCACAUAUGUAACUUUUUCAUUCAUUCGAUGUAACUUUUUCAUUCAUUCGUCUGUUGUUUGACGAAUUUAGGAGUGUUUAUUUAAAAUUACUUGUUUCAACAAGCAUUAUUCAUCGUUGACUUCAUCAUAUAUUUCAUAAACACAAGACAUUUCUCCUUUUUAUCACCCAAAGGUGGCCACGAGGUGUGAGAGCUAAUGGACACUUACUGCUUAACUCUGAAAAGGUAACCAUGGCAACAUAAUUUUACGAGCUUAGGCCCGGUUCGGACGCCGAACUUUUCAUGAGCCGAACGUAAUACAUUGAAUUAAGUACAUGAAAAGUUGGGCGUUUGAAUCCGUUAGGAACGCCUGAAACAAUUUGGAGCGGCACAGCCGUUCUUCCCACCUAGCCCGGCCGAGAAUUUGCACAUUGGAUCCACUUUGGAACAGCUUGGAUUCAGACGCCGAACUUUUCCUAAUGCAUAAAUUAUUAUGACGCAUUUUGUAAGCAGUUUGACGAAAUGAGCAUUUUUCUCCUUAAUUAAGUUAUACGGCGUCUGAAUCAAUUCAGCCUGUCUAAAUAAUUUGGUUCGACCUUAAUUCGAAUUAGGUUCAGUUCAUGAAAAGUUCGGCGUUUGAACCGGGCCUUAGAUCGCGCACUUUAGGAUCAAAACGUUUUCGGUUUGUGGAGUUUAGUUGUUUUUGUAUCAUAUUGUGGGAAUUAUUACACUGUCACGUUUGUGGUCGAUACUCGUUUUCUGCCCUUGAUUCAUUGAGCCUUCUUUGGAAAAAAAAGUACAUUCUAGGAGUUCCAAUUUGAAAGUAAGUGCUGUUUACAUGGAGGUGGGGAACCCCAGUUAGGUGGGGUAAGCCGCCUGUCCAUAUAAGACCAUAUAAUCUCUUAUUUUAAUUUGAUCACGUUUACAUGAUAGGUGGGGUAACCAUGUGAGAGAUUGUAUGGACAGGAGGGUUACCCCACCCGAGUGGGUUACCUCACCUACCUGGGGUCCCCCACCUCCAUGCAAACAGGCCCUUAAAGGUUUAAAAACAAUUGGACCCGACGGUAGCCUGCGUAGCAGGCGCUUGCCAAAGCGACAGUCAAAUAAUUUUACAGUUGAAUGGUUAGCCAAGGAUUAGCUUCAAAGAGCGAUACACAUGUUGAAUCCAUAUGGUUCCAGUCUUGUCUUUCGCCUCAAAGGACCAAUGUUACUCGUGGUCAAAUUAUCACCUGAAUCAUUUACCUCAACGGGGCAGAGAUUUUGACACAACGAUCAAAUUUAACGCCUCAACGGGCGAAGAAUACUUUGAUGAUUGGAUUAUUAAUUGCAUGUGGUUACAAGUCGCUUUAGACGCAAAGCUGGUUUGCGUUUGCUUCGCACCUUUUCUCUCUUUUCUCCCGAGACCAGCAAGCUAGAGUGGGCAGUUUGCUCCGAACAGAAGAAUUUUUGCCUGGCACAUCACUUCUACUGAGUGCACAGAGAAAAAACUAUCUCCAUGAAGGAGGAUUUGCUCGAUAUCUUCGCACCUCAACUUGUUCGCGAAUCGGCAAAUGGAGCAGCCAAACACAUCAUGACACAUCUCAUCUUCCUAAAACGCUCUGGAUCGAGACCUUGAUGAAUACUUCCACAAGCAAAUAAAGACAUCUAAAAAAUAAAAAAAGCAAUCACUAAACGCUCACCUCAUUUAUAAUCUGCUUGCACUCUGGAAAUUUACUCGAAAUCUCUCGAUCUCCUCCACGUGCGUUUUACGUGAUGUCAUCGCACUGGAGUGAAUACCCCGGAUAAUAAGAAAAGCAAUCCACUCACUGCGCAUGUAUCUGAUCUUACAUCCGACAAAUUUUGGCUUUUUCCCGCUAUUGUAGAGAAUAGUGUGUUGGGUCGCAUAAGUCUCGCCAGCAAUUUAUUCUUCUGACACCCAAAUAGUUUACAUGGUACUACAGUACUAUUAGUAUAGGUAAUAGCAUGAUUAGUAGUGAUAUUUGGCGUAAAUACCACGAGUGAUAUUUCAAAAUUGUUAUACGUGGCGAGUGAAAUUUGAGACAAUUUUGAAAUAUCACGAGUGUUAUUUAUGCCAAAUAUCACGUACAAAUCAUGCUAUUAUUUGUUUAUACUACUACCCGCAAGAGGUUUGUAAUCUUCACAUGUAGGUAUUUCAAAUUAAGCUGAAAUACCACUGCUCUAAGCCAAUCAAAUUACAGAAAUUUCUCAUGUAGUAGAAUAACUUGUGGUACACUCUUUUUUUUUUAUAAGAAUAUAUUUUAUAAGAAUAUCGAGGCUGAAAUUUGCGAAAUUUUAAGAAUAGUUUAAGAAUAAAGCCGAGGCUGAGUGAGAUUUUGAAAAGGAUAGAUAUAAUUUUGUGUGUUGAAACAUCUGUAAAUAGAAUACAAUUUUAUGUUUUUAACUUAACCGUAUAAAAUUAUUCCUUUCUCUAAACGGCGAAACUAGCCAACAAAACGAAAAAAACCUGCACUAGCUAUAGCAAAAUGUUCAACGUUAAUAACCUGAUAACAGUUCGAUGAACGGUACAUGUAAUACAUAUGUACAGUAUUCAGCACAGAUCUAGAUACCAAACACUUGUAAUUGAUACCCCAGUUAAUUCUAAAAUGGAAAUGUCAUAAGCUAUAAUGUAAGAAUAAUACAAAAAUAUUUUCAGCCUAAAAUCGGCAGAAAAAUAGGAAUAUUCAGCCUGGGCCGGAAAAACAAUAUUCUUAUAAAAAAAAAGAGUGUAAUCAAGGUUCGCACUGUCUUGAAAAGUCCUUAAAUUUCUAAUGAAAAGUCCUCAAAUUAUUUCGGCUCCACUACGCAGUACAACAUGAAUAGAAAAACCAUUAGGUUUAUUUUGGCUGUUUCGGCCGAGCACCGCAGAAAUAACAAUACAUUAUACCCAUACUGCACUUCAACUGCCCCAGUCCGCACUGCUCUCGUGCCGGAGAAAUAUUUCAUUUCCGGAUAAUUCGUAUCCACUGAAACGCCGGAAAUUCCUUUUCUUCGACUUUUAAUGAAGGGGCCUGGAAAGUGUUUUUCAAUGCUUUUUGGUUGCCCUAGCCGAAUAUAAAUCAUAGCUCAGACAAGUUAAAGGUGAUUUACAUCAAGUUAAUACAAGUGAACUGUAAAAUGUUGGUGGAGCAAAUAGUUCAAGCCUUAAAUUCCCGUUAGAAUGGACUGGGAAUGUGCAUACAUUUUUGUACAAUCUGUGACACUACAUUCCUGGUAGGUGGUCGGUGAAAAGUCCUUAAAAAAUGAUUGCAAUUUUUUUUUUAUGAACAGUGGUAACGCAUUUAUGUAAAACGCGUGAGUUUGUGUGAUGAACUGUGGGGGGAAGCACAAGAGUGGUCUUGUGGAGAAUGCAUUUUCAGUUGCUGAGUAUAAGGUUUGUUCUGUUAUUUUAGAUGUCGAAAUCGACGGGGAAUUUCCUCACCCUCCGACAAGCAAUUGACAAGUUCUCCGCUGAUGGUAAGUUAAUAGUUCUUGAAAGAAUGAGCACUUUUAAGUGAUUUUUAAGCGAUUCUCUGGCCAGUCACAAGCAAGAAAAGACAAUGCAGCGAACCAAUCAAGAAGAGAAUGAAGCCGUUUUGAAGCGAGGAAAAACGGGUGCAGUGAGCAAGAAACCUCUGCUUGUUUAUUAGUGGGAAGUUUAGGCCAUCAGUAAUUGUUUUUAACAAGGUCCAGCAGCAUUUUCUUGCUAGUUUUCACAGUGAAUUUGUGGAAUGUUAGUCAGAAGUUAUUGUUUUUGUAAUUUCUUUUUUUUUUUGGUUCUGUUAGGUAUGCGUUUAGCCCUAGCCGAUGCUGGUGACACCAUGGAAGACGCCAACUUUGUUGAAAAGAUGGCUGAUGCUGGAAUUCUGCGUCUUUUCACCUUCCUUGAGUGGACAAAGGUUAGAAUUAUAAAGGCCCUCGGUUGAAUACACUAUUUUUCGUUUUCACUCAGGGGGUUUUUACUUCAGCAUUGCGACUUUGCGAAGGGACCUUCGGAUUUAGAACUUGUAGCACCAAAUGAUCAGGUACCACAGUUACCGUUCGCGUCAUUAUCAAUGUCCCCUUAUCGUAAUCGUCAUCAUCAUCAUAAUCAGGUCCAGUCUUUUUCGGGAAUGCUUGGCGACAACCUUUCAGGAGGAUCUAAGUCGCCUGCUCGCGUUCAUUUUAAAUGGCCUUUCCUGUAGAUAGGAUGAUCGACCCGAUAAAUUUUAACCAAGCUUCGUGUCCCCAAUUAGUAGAGGGGUAUUACCCUAGGCUAGCUAGUUUGACACUUUGAUAAAGUUUUUGAUUGAUUGAUUGAUUGAUUGAUCGUUCACGUUUCACGUUUACUGCGCGACGCAACGCAUUCACUUUCGUUAUCUUUUACAUUUGACCUAACUUGUACCACUUUUGUCAAAAACAAGGAGAUGCUUUCUUCCAAAGACACUCUUCGCACUGGAACAACAGACUGUUUUGAUGAUCGUGUGUUUGAAAGGUGCGUAAGGAAGCAUGUCGUCAUAGCUGAGUAUCUCUUUUCUAUAUUACUAUGUAAGGCGAUUGGAAAGGACAACACAUUUAAUACAAUAAAAUCGCCGGUCAUUUUGAAUCUUUAUUCAAAGAGGGUAGGUGGCAAAAUGUUGUUGUUGCUGGAAAUCUAUGUAUCUAUAAGUCACAACUGUUCAUCAGUAGGAUGCCUAAAAUGUGUGCAAUUCCAAAAUUAGUUUCGGCUCCAUUAAAUCCUAUAGUAAUUGUUAACCACUUCCAGUCCUCGGGAACCUCACUUAACUGAGUUUGUUAGCUUUUUUUUUCAUUACUGUCUAUUUAUUUUCCCGGGUUAUCUGAGCUGAGCUUAUUUUGUACCAGAAAACGACAGUGUUUAUCCUAAAGUACCGUAGAACCAUAGGAAACCUUCACCGGAGAUUUUUCUCUUCCUUGUUGAGGGCCCAAACCAUUUUCAUACUAGGACAAACGAUCAAGUGGAUAUUAAUGUUACAGUUCAUUGAACAGUUCUUUCUGUUUGUUGUAGAGUGCUUCAGGGUGAUUUAACUCCUUUUAAGCUAUUGAUCUUAGUGUCUUUAUUGUCUGUUUAAAGACUUGAGCCUUUCUGUGUUAUCUCUGCAGUUCCAUUAACAAAGCAAUCGAAGAGACAGACAGCAACUAUAAGAGCAUGAUGUACCGAGAGGCGCUAAAGACAGGCUUCUACGAACUACAGGCCGCCAGGGACCGAUACAGGGAGGGCUGUAUGUCGGGCAUGCAUAAGGAGCUUGUCUUUAGAUUCAUUGAGGUAAGGUCCCCUGCAGUCUUGUGAGAAAUUAUCAAUCUUGCACUUGUCUCAGCCACUCACAUUCAACGAGGGAGACCGUAUUUCCUAAAUACUCUCGGGAAAUUGGAGGUACACUUCGAAUACUUUUCGUGUUGAAAUAACAUUCAGGAAUUGCUGUCGAGGCCAAAAGUUUGUGGACUUGGCAUAGGUUGCUCAAGAGUACUCCAGUGACUGAGGGGAAGUUGUAAAGAGUCCUUCAGUAAAUGGCUUCGACAUCUGAUUUCGCACGUUGUCUUGUGUUGAUUUCCUAACCUGUUUUCUCCCUAAAUUUCGGUAAAAGAACGUUUGUAGGCGCAUGCAUACCUUUUUUUUUUCUACGAGGACGACCAGGUGCAUGCUUUCAUUGGUAUACUAGCGCAGCGUCAUACCUAGGUAUACGUUGUUUCGACAAAUAGUCGAAGACGUUUUAACAGAAUUGGGCUCCCUAUUCCUUUUUGAGGACUGUAUCUAGCAGUAACUCUAAAGUUUUUCCUUGUUCCCUUCUGGUUGAUCUCGCCGGAUUGGUUGCAUAUAAUAAUCGCAUUUCAGCCUGUCACCUGAAGAGCUCUGAAGGGAUGAUACACACCUGAUAGAAAGCGGGAAGUUUGGUAGGACCCUAGUCAUUGUAUUAUCAGGAACCAACCUCGGGCAAAACCUUGAUAGAUGCAAUACUAACAAGGGCUUAAUAUUUAUCGUCCAUGAUCACAGCGAUCCAUCAUGAUGUUUAGUUUAUUCCCUUCCAAUGCAAUGAGAUCCUUGUUAUUGUAAUUUUAGGUACAAACUCUGUUGCUUUGCCCAAUCUGUCCUCACCUCGCUGAACACCUUUGGGAGCUUAUCGGAAAGGUACGUCAUAUAAUUUGUCUUCUUGUAUACUUCCUAGGAAUCCUUUGAACUGACAGUUGGAACCAGUGAUUUCUUUUUGUUAAAAACAGUUGGUGGACAUGAGCAAACAGAUAUGGACGUAAAACAGAUUGUACGCUACUUGAAUAGGAAACGCAGUAACACUUCACUAGCCUGUUCCAGGCGUUCAGAUAGUGUUCAGCGGGCGAAAAAUUGAGGACACAAAAAACAAGGGGAGACCCAGUACCUCUCUCUUUUUCCCCUCGUUUUGCCCGUGUACCAUUUAACUCGCUCCCCACAAUCUGAACGCCUGGAACAGGCUAACACUUCACGGACUAUUAAGUAAGAAAAUGUGAAUUUUUAAAUGGUGUUCUUCGCAUGGCUUACUGAAGGAGGUAUAGGGAAGAUUCCAAGAGUUGCAGCUCAGAUGACAAACGCUUUUAACGUACGUUGCUGUUUGUUUUAGAGCGGAAGUAUCAUGGACGCGUCGUGGCCGGUAGCAGGCAAGAUUGAUCAGCCGUUAUUGAAGUCAGCUGAUUACUUGGCCGCUCGUGCGCACGAUUUUCGUGUUAGAAUCAAAGCUAUGAUGAACCCCAAAGGAAAGAAGGUAAACACUGUCAAUUAUACAGUCAUACCACCAAUCAAAGCUCUAAUAAACCCUUACUGGCGACCCCUCAAGGAAGGUCACGCAACGCUAACACGUGACAAGAGUGAGCAUUGUAAACUAUCAACCUGGUUCCCAGGGUUCUCUCCGACCCGUCACUCCCCAGGGAUGGGUAGGUGAGAACCCUGGGAACGAAGUUGGUGAACUAUUUUUCAGGAAGUUUUUUGAUUCAUUAAUGUCGUCAAGAAGGUUCAGCUGUCAGUCGAACUGAAAAUCCACUGGUACUGGUUAUGCUCUGUACUGUGAUCUGCUUUUUGGACGUGGAUCCUCUGAUCAGAUUUCAAACUAGCAGAGCUCCGAUUUCUCUUCGCGCGCGCGUGAACAAGAGGCAUGAAGUGGUCUUUCUGCAAUACCAAGUGGUCUUUUUCCAGUCAUCAACAAAACCGCACGCAACUCGCAAAUGACAUGCACCUUUUCUAAGACAUUGUCUGGUCAAUUUUGAUUCAUAUUCAGGCUAAAUUUUCCCCAGAGAAAAGACAACAAUAAAGUCACAUUGUGGUGGUGAAUUUCUGUCAUGAGUUUUGAUGCAGUUUUUUAUUGCGAAUUUUCCUUCAGAAAGAUGCAUCCCCACCUGCCAAACCAACCCACGGAAUCAUCUAUGUUGCCAGUUCGUAUCCCCCGUGGCAGCACGCUACACUAAAUACUCUCAAAGAUAUGUACAAUCAAUUAGGUGGGAACUUCCCGGAUAACAGGGACACCAUGAACCGGAUGAAAGAAAUACCUGAAGUCAAAAGUGCCAUGAAGAAGCUCAUGCCAUUUGUACAGCACGUCAAGGUACGGUGAUUGCGGCGAAAAUAAAUGCUUGCUAUAUUUUAAUACAUAAAUUGACAAUAACUACGGUUUCUCUCUGUAUUUUCCCGUUAAAAUUUGCAAAAUAAUACCCCACCCCCACCUUCAUAAAGAACUUCAAAAGAACGCUUGAAAAAAGCUUUGAGCUGAAAUGUCAAGUUGAACGUUAUCUUACCUUGGUUAGCAGUAUUUUAACACAGUCGAUUUCAUCUUUUGAGUAAUUCGAAUCCCCUUUUAUGGCAAACAGCAAACCGUUCGUCAAUUUGUACCAUGUGACCAAGUUUCCCCUUAACCUGUCGUUUACUGUUAAUUAUAUCUACCAAAAAAAUUAAUAGUUUCAUGCCAGUUUCAUCCAUAAGAAUUGUUUAUUUUCUAUUUUUGAGACAUCGUUAACUCGAACUCGUCAGCUGUAUUCCUGCGUGUUGAGACUAAUGGGUCUUCCUCCUGGUUUAGCAAGUUUCAUUUAAAACGUUCUUCGUUUAUUAUAUGCAUUUGCUUUAUACUUCGGGUUAUGUUGUGUCAUCCGGCUGAAUUCAUUUUCUCCACAGUGUUGGUGAGGCAAGUUGAUAUGAUGUUGCUAUAUGAUUUUAUUUUUGUCAGGAAUGUGUGGAGCUUGAUGGUCCAUCAGCCCUGGAGACUACUCUACCCUUUGAUGAAAGACAAGUGCUGGAAGAAAACAGGGCUUACCUUUGCAAAGCUUUAGAAGUAUGUGUUGAGUUGGUUAAGGGAUCAUUCUGGUUGAAUCAGUUCUGUUUUUGGUGUUUUUCCAUAAUUUACAACGUAACGCUUCCCCCACCCCAAAAUAUUCUUUAUUUAAAGGAGCUGUGUCACGAAAUUCAGCCAAAUUAGAAAAUUACAAAAUACCCGUUAAAUUAAGAGAAAGAUAAAAAUAACCGCUUAAAACUUUAAAGGAAGUUUGAAAUAACAUAACAGAAACAACAGAUGCCACGGACUGGCAAAACUGAAGAAGAUUGAAACGGAUUGAAAUUAGGGUUUUUGAAAACUGUUCAGCCUAACAGUUUUUCAAAGUUGAUCCCUGCUGCUUGCAACUUCAAAAAUAAUGCUCAGGAGACAUGUUUGUUUGUCUCGGAUCUCUGAUUUUGUCAUUUACAUGUAUUACUAAUUUCUUUGCUUACUUUAAGUUCCAUAGUGAGUGUGGGCGAGUAAUUGGCAAAAUUAAACAAAAUGAACUGGACUGCCGUGACACAGCCCGCUUAAACCUUUCUUUUAUCAACAAAGAAUUCUCAAAAAUUGAUUGUGCCAAGAACUUAACCUAAUGGAAGCAUUUUCAUAUCGAAUGAAUUCUGGACAAGGAAGCUUCUCUAAUAUAUCUGCAGAAGCAAGGCAUUUGACCGUAAUAUCCUCUUAAGUAAAAAUUGUGGCACUGUCUAUUAAGUUGUACAUGGUGACAUGGUGUUUGUAACUUUGUUGUCUGUGGAUGAAAUCUUUCAAUGCGAUCUUGGAAUCGAAAGAUAUCGGGCAUUACUUACUGUGGUGCUGUUUAAAAUGCUAUGCCAGGUGGUUUUUACUUUUUAGUCUGGAUGAGUCCUGCAUUGUGAUUCAGGUGACAGCUAUUGGGUAAUUACAUUUCCCAAUACAGAACAAUGUUUUGUAUUUCAGUUGGUAAAUGUGACUAUCAAAUCCUCGAGCGAAGCAGACAAGCGAACUCAAGAGGAUUGUGCCCCUGGAAAACCGUUUUCUGUGUUCACAGUCGAAGAUAACCAGGUUUGUUUACUCUGCGUACAUUUUUUAACAGGGGCGAUAGUCCCAGUUUAAAUGGCAGUACGAACUUAUUGGUACCAUUUUAAAAACCGUUCCUUACUUUACGAAACAUUUGUGAAGAAACUAGUUGUCUUAGGCGCCCUCGGACUUGGAUACCGGCCCAGAUUUAUGAUUCAUUUUGGAAUCAGUAAAAAAGAACGAAAUAAUGUAAUAAGUUGCCGCCAAUUGAUAAGUACAAACCGUGUAACAGGGUCACGUGAUGACUGAUAACCUUAGCUGUAACGUUGUAACGUAGCUUAUUAUUGUUUUACCAAACUGCGCUUGACAAAAAACUCGAUAACACAUUGCAUUGCAUGACAUUGAAUAGGAAUAUAAGGACUUGAAUGGAUACUUCACAUGCUGUCGGGUUGCCGAUAAGAAAAAGCGUGGGACAUCAUCUUUGGCGUCUUAAGUUCUCGGGUAAAAUUUUGUUCAACUCCUGUCUCUUUAUUCUCGUUGUAAUUUGGAUUAUGCGCUUUUUUGACUGUUAAAACUGUGAAGAAAUGGUAAAAUGAUCAACGCAUUCCACAAGAAGUUGCGAUACUAAUCGUGCCCGACAAUGCUUUGUAAAGAACUCAAAAAGGAAAACUUGACCUCACUUCCCGCAACUGUUUUUUUCAACCUGUCGAGCAAUGAUUUUUCUGCACCAAGGUAAGUUUGAUACACGAGACAACGUCUAGUGCAUUUUGUUGGGAAAAAUGGAAGUUACGCGAAUCAUUGUACAGUUUAAGAUCGAUGUAGGGUAAUUUUAAAACAUCUUUUUCCGUAGGUAAAUGGUGUCAUGACCCAUGACAAGUCUCCCCUUCCCUCUGAAAAACAGCCCGUCACCACCCCUGUUUGUCGGUUUGUAAAUGUCAAGCUCUGCGGAGUGGACCCAGCCCAAGGCGCCAAGGGCUAUGAAGCCACGGUACUGUUGGAGAACCCAAAGGGAAAGCAACUGCUUAACCUAGAACAGUUAACACUAGAGGUUAGUUUAUUGUUUUGUCGAGGUUCAUAGUAACUUUUGAGUUGAGAGACAUCGCAGGUGGCGACUUAUUUUUUAUGGAAUCUUAUAUUCUGUUUUAAGCUUCCCUCAGAUUAUUAGUAUUUAGUAUUUCACUGAUAUUGUAAUCUGGAACUUGAUUUAAGUUUAAACUGUAAAGUGUUGUCAAGGUUCAUAGUAACUUUUGAGUUGACGGACAGGCAAUGAAAGCCUACGGGGUGUUUUUUUGGUCUGGAUUAGAGUUAUUUUAAUAACGGUCCAUUUAGUCUGGAAUGGAGUAUGGAAAUCCGCAUAACAAGAGAUUCCUGCCAUGUUUCAUUUUGUCUGUUAAUAGAGACCUUGAUUCCGGAGAAUUGUCUCAUUUAACAUAGCCCGCGAACGCUCGCGCUACCCGAAAAGUAACGUCUACGACGUCCCUGAGCCGCAAAACGAUUUUCUGUGACGUAGGAAAUUAUAAGCCAAUCACAGCUUAGCUCUUACUUAGCUCUUACGGAAAUACGUCUACGUUCGCAGGCUGUAUUAUUUGUUUUAGAGAAAAUAAUGACAAACGCAUUUUCACUCGCACGGAACACAGUUUGUUAUUCCCUAAAAAGAAAUAGAAAUUACUCUUGGAAAUCAUGCAUUGUGCUUGUAGUUGACUAUUAAAAUAAUAUGCAGGGCUCUCUGAUUAAGGCCGUUGGCCACGAAAAGACAGACAGUUAGGAUAGUUCCCGUUUGAGGCAAUUUUGAGAAGAAACGGUUCAUUGAUUUCAUGAACAAUCAACUCCCAUUUCGCUUAAAGUAGCCCUUGGUAUAACCGCGCGGCAGCUUGUGCAGUUUGGUAGCUAAUUAGAGACCGCACUCUCACUUGCGAAUCGUUUAUUGAAAAAACUGUAAUUAAUAUUAUAUAAUGUUAUGCUACUUCUUUUAUUGCUUUUUUAGGUGAA